AUGACAUCGCCGGGUUCCCGGCGCGGCCGCGAGGCGGAGGCCCUGGGCUCCUGGCUGCUGCUGCUGCUGUGCCUGGGUCCCGCCGUCGGGCAGCUCCGCUACGCAGUGCAGGAGGAGGUUCCGCGGGGCGCCGUGGUGGGCAGCGUGGCGGACGACCUGGCGCUGGAGCCCCGGCAGCUGGCGUCGAGGGGCGCCCGGCUGACGUCGGGCAGCGGUCGGCAGUACUUGGCGCUGGACGUGGGCCGCGGGCUGCUGGUGGUGAAGGAGCGCGUGGACCGGGAGGCGCUGUGCGAGCUCAGCCCGUCGUGCUUCCUCAGCCUGGAGCUGGUGAUCGAGCAGCCGGUCGAGGUGCACGGCGUGGAGGUGGAGGUGCUGGACAUCAACGACCAUGCGCCCCGAUUCCCCCGCCAGGAGUACCGGCUGGACGUCAGCGAGUCCGCGCUACCGGGCGCCCGCUUCCCCAUCGAGGGCGCAGACGACCCGGACGCGGGCUCCAACUCGGUGCAGAGCUACCGCCUCAGCCCCAGCGAGCACUUCGGGCUGGGCCUGGGGGACUUCGAGCGCGGCAGCAAACUCCUGGAGCUGGUGCUGCUGCAGCCCCUCGACCGCGAGCAGAGCGCCCGCCAGCAGCUGGUGCUCACCGCUGUCGACGGAGGCGACCCGGCCAAGUCCGCCACGGCCCAGAUCUCCGUGCGGGUCUUGGACACCAACGACAACUCGCCGGAGUUCGACCGCGGCACCUACACGGCGACUUUAAUGGAGAAUGUGGCGCCAGGCACGCUGGUGGCAAGGCUGAACGCCUCCGACCCGGACGAGGGCUCCAACGGCGACGUGCGCUAUUCCUUCAGCAGCUACACCCCGGAGAAAGUGCGCCAGCUCUUCAGCGUGGACCCAGUGUCGGGAGAGGUGAGGGUUAACGGGACGCUGGACUACGAGGAAGCAUCUUCCUAUGAGAUCUAUGUGCAAGCCACUGAUAGGGGCCCCGUCCCCAUGGCUGGGCACUGCAAGGUGCUAGUCCACAUUGUGGAUGCCAAUGAUAAUGCCCCUGAGGUUGUUCUGACUUCCUUGUACAGCCCAGUCUCUGAGGAUGCCCCCCCUGACACCGUGGUGGCCUUAAUGAGCGUCACUGACCAGGACUCUGGCCAGAACAGGCAAGUCAGCUUGAGCAUUCCUGCCAACCUCCCUUUCAAACUUAAUUCCUUCAAAAACUCUUACACCCUGGUGACUCAGGGGGUUCUCGACCGCGAAAGGGCUGCUACCUACAAUAUUACCAUCACUGCUGCAGAUGCAGGGAUUCCUCCCUUAACUUCUCACAAAGUCAUCCAGGUGGACAUCUCUGAUAUCAAUGACAACCCACCACGGUUUGAAGAAUCCGCUUACUCUGUUUACAUCCCUGAAAACAAUGCUCCAGGGGUUUCCCUCUGCACUGCCAAGGCUGUUGACCUUGAUGCCAAUGAAAAUGCCCACAUUUCCUACUCUCUGCUGAACAGAGAGAUUCAGGGGCUCCCUGUGGCCUCCUAUGUCUCCAUUAAAUCUGACACUGGUGACAUUUAUGCUGUUACUUCCUUUGACUAUGAACAGCUGAGGGAGUUCCAGGUUGUUGUGCAGGCCCAAGACUCGGGGGUGCCACAACUCAGUAGCACAGCCACAGUGAACAUCUAUGUGGUGGAUCAGAAUGACCAGGCACCACAGAUUCUGUAUCCUGCCCCAGUUAAUGCCUCGGCAGCUAUGGAGAUGAUCCCCCGCUCAGCCAACACUGGAUACUUGGUGACCAAAGUCAUAGCCAUUGAUGCAGACUCUGGGCAAAAUGCGUGGCUCUUCUUUCACCUGGCCCAGUCUUCAGCUCCAGACUUCUUCAGAGUGGCACUUCACAGUGGAGAAGUUAGGACUACUCGAAAACUGCCGGAGGACACUGUGACCACCUUCAACCUUACUGUUGUAGUGAGAGACAAUGGAAAGCCACCCUUGUCUUCCUCCGUGUCUAUCAUAGUUGCCGUGGUGGACAGGAUUUCCAAAAUCAUUCCUGACACAAGGAGGCACGUAAAAAGCUCUAGAAGUUACUCUGAGAUCACCCUUUAUCUCAUUGUUGCUCUGAGCUCUGUCUCAUUUAUAUUUCUCUUGACAAUCGUUGUCCUCGCUGUAAUCAAGUGCCAGAAACACAGUGUGCACAUGAGCUCCUGUUGUGGGGGGUUCUGUGGGACGCCCAGAGAAAGGUGCCCGGUCGGAAUGUACAAGCAGGCAAAUAACAACCUUGACACCAGAAUGUCAAACGGUUUAAAAGUCCAGCCCCAUUUUGUUGAAGUGCGGGGCAAUGGCUCUCUAUCCAAGACCUACUGCUAUAAAGCUUGUCUGACUGCAGGCUCAGGAAGUGAUACUUUCAUGUUUUACAACACCGGGGUCCCAGCAGGAAUCCACUCCCAGGCUGGGAUGGCUGAGAGACAUCUGACUGGGCAGAGUGGGCAGAGCGCACAGAACCUGAUCAUACUUAAAAGUGAGCCCAUCACUCCAAAUGAGGUGAGGACCGAAUGGAUAAAAUGACCUGAACAGGCUUUGAAUGUAACCAGUGGUCUUUUACAUGCUUAAUGCUCAGGAUAUUGAUAGGAAACAAGAGUGGGUUAAAGGAAUGGUGAGGCAUGACAUUCAUUUUCCCCCCAAACAAAAUUGGAGGCUUUUGAUUCCUUCUGUUCUCCUAGCUCAGGUGUAUUAUAUCUGUGUAGCACUUUGUUUUAAAAGGGUUUUUAUCUUCCUGAUCAAAGUAUCAGGGUGUUCUAUCACCUUUCUACAUGUAGGAGAAAGUUCACUCUAGCAGAUUAUAUGAUAGCACAAAAUACGCAUAAAAGAAGCAUAAGAAGGCUCAUUCUGAGAAUCAAUAUGCUUCAAAUGAUGUUCAGGUGAUGCGUGUUUCCUUCGAAGCACUGUGUCCAGUGGGGCUUACUCCCAGGGUAUUGGUUUGCAGCCUACAAGACUUUGUAAUUAUGUUCCAUCUUCUGGAUCAUCAUAUUAAGAUACACUUGGCUGUAUGUUUUCCAGGUGGCCGAGAACAUAUAAAACAUUCUUAGGCUACAAUCCCACCUUUGAUCUCAGUGGGACUUAUUUCUGAGCAGAUAUGAAUAGAUUAAACUGGUAACACAGUGUUUUACUUCUCACAUGGUAUUGCCUCUUCUUCCUGUCCUCCUGUCCUACCUCCCCAUUUCUCUGAAAGUCUAGUGACAUAAUUCAGUAUGUUGACCCAGUUUUUGCUGUGCUGUUGCAGUACAUUAGUCUGCAACCCCCAAUGUACUUGUUUAGUACCUAUGCUCUCUUGUAGUGAUACACUUUAUUUAUUUAUUUAUUUAUUUAUUUAUUAGUAAACAAUACUAACACUUAGUAGGUUGUAAAGGAUCCUAUAUAUCAUUUCAGUUUUAUGGCAUCUGCAGCACAGCAGUACAAUACUGGGUGUUUUUUCCAGGUACCAUUCAAAGCUGUAUAGUGAAAGCAGUCACACUGUCUCCAAAUGGACUUCAGAAGUAGGAAACAAAAUGUACUCCGUUUCAAUAUUUUGGUAAAAUUAUGCAGAUAUGCUUUGCUGAAAAUAAGAGUAGUACAGUAAAAACAAAGUUGGACAGCCAGUUUUUUCAGUAUUCAGAAAACAAGUUAAAUAAGUUAGUAAAUAGAAAGAAAAAAAACUUCUAUUGAAAGCCCCAAGGUGAAAUUGUUUCAAUGUAAUUUUCUCCAACAAUCACUUACUCACUUGAAAAAGGUUAUGUUACUUAAAAGGAAAAAGACCAACAACCUUAAAUAGAAAAUUAGCAUAAUCUGCACUGAGAAAAUAGUCUGGAUUAUGCCAUGGACAGCUUUUAAUGGCCUUGGUGUGAUGGACAACCUAUUGAGGCUACUAUGUCAGCUUGAUAAUUUCUGCAUUUCUGAAAUGAAUCAAUAGGUAUAAUUUAUUUGUUUGACCUCAGUCCAGAUAAAAUACUUGCUGAACAGCAGUAUGGAUUUUUGGUGCCACAAACCUAAAUAAGUUUACUGAAAGUAAAGAUCUGGCUAAACGAGGCAGUGAAGAUGCAAGAUUGGAACUCCUAUUGCUUUAAAUUCUGGCCAAGAGCAUGUGUAUCAGGACCAUGGGAAGAGUGGAUAAUCCUUUCUCUCCGCAUCAGUUUCCUGAUGAAAAUCCCCCCCCCAUCUGCUCUUCAUUGCAAUAAGAAAAACUUAAAUGUACAGGCAGUGUGCUCAUGUGAAGCCUCCAGUAUAUACACGGAGCUCCCACAAGGGCAAGAAUUUCCCCAAGUCACUUGAAGGGUGGGUGCUAUUCCUGCAAUGUAUUUUUCUGUGUUUGAUUACCUAUCCUGGUCACUGAAGUGAAUUGGAUUUAAGUCAUAAUGUCAAAGUUUGAAAGUUUCAUUGAAAACAGUGGAAUGUCCUUGGCAUUUUCCAUCUUCAGGGCAAAUAGCAGCGGUGGGUGUGAGAGAGAGAGACAGGGAGAGAUACAGAGACGGAGAGAAUAAAAAGGAUAAUUCCCCGCCCCCUUCCUAGUUCCAGGCCCAGUCUGAUCACCCUCUAUAUAUUGCUGUUUUUAACUUUAACCUACCACUACCAAUACUACCAACUAUAGGAUACAUGAUCAUGAGUAUAUUGCUAUCUCAUCUAGUUUGGUUCUAAAGAUUUUACAAUCCAGUUUUGCAUUUUCUUACAUGUUUUGUAAACAUGGAAUAAAAUACAUCAAUCAGAGACUGUAAAAGACAAGUCUGGAGACUUUCCUUACCUUUAAAACAGCACUAAAUUAUCCACUUGCUUAUUUCAUGGGAAUUUACUAGCACUUUCCAUGAUGUCAUUAAUACUAUAGUGGGGUAAAAGAGGGGAAGUUUUGUUUGAAGUAGGAAAUUUGUAGUUGCCCUGUAACUUCUUGGUUGGUUUCUGGUACUGUAGUAUGUUAUCAGCGCAAAGAGGGAUGCUAUAUAGAUGUGACCAUCACAAUAUCCUAACUAUUUCUAUCAGAGCCGUAUCCAUAUGGGGGGGGCGUGGCUAGCUAGGUUUUUUGCCCCAGGUAGAGGAGUGCCAUUGAGGCUCCUAGCCUGUGUAUGUGUGUACGCAAAUGUGUGUGGUGUGUGUGUGUGCGUGCGUGCGUGCGUGCGUGCCAAACUGUGUCUUUUACCCGGGUAAAAUGGGAGCAUUUUAGGAAUGAUACUUUGUUUUUUCAUUCUGCCUUCUCUUGUUCCACCUCUGUGUGUGUGUCAGAGUUUUACAUGAUCAGCAAUCCAAAUCAAGGUCAAUUUUCCAAAAAGUGCUGAGCACACCUCAGUAGCUUCCAGCAUGGCACCUGUGUUCAGUUUUCCCCAGAAAGCCUUAGCGACCUGGAUAAUUGGAAGGUGAGCUGUCGGGGGGAUACUACAUCAGAAGCUAUGCAGUGCGCCAGCAGGAAACUGAAGCUAGAUUUAGAUAAAACAAUAGAGAAUCUUGUUUAUUGUAAUUGCAGUUUCCUAAUGGAAAGCAUUUCCUGGAGGUUAUAGGUAUCUCCUUUAAAGGUUUUUAAGAAAAGUCUUGAUGGAAUGCAAGUGAUGGGCUACUGAAGCUUAGAGCAGAGAUUGGAAGUCCUUGGGUUGCCUUGCAGUUUUGUGAUAUUGUGUUUUGCCAAGACAGGGGUCCAUAUGAGACAGAGAGAACAUAUAUCUGUACUACAAACCGAUAUCUGCUUUAUACCAGUUUAGCUACAUUGGCUUCUCACUAAGAAUUCCUGGAAUUGUUGUUUGAUGAUGGUGCUGAGAAUUCUCUGCUAAAAAUAACUAGCUGCUCCUCCCCCAUCAAAUCUGUGAUGGAGACAAACCCAGAGUAGGAUGCAGGCAAAAGGCAACUGUGAGUGCAGCCAAAAAACAGGCUUUAUUUUUGCCCCCAGGCAGUUUCAUCAUGCCCUCCUUUCCUGAAUUUGCAAAUUAAUCUUUCCCCACUAAGUACUCAUAGGACAGUUCCCAAGCAGGAUACGUGUGGUAGUGGGGAGAGGCAGGAAGAAGAGAAGCCAAAUUAAAGAGAAGACUUUGCACAGAAGCAACAAAACAAAAAGUGCUAGGGAAAGCGGCUAAAUAAUUCCCCCCCCCCAACUGAAGUCUCUGCUCAUUUUUUAUUUUAUUUUUUACUUUUGAUUUGGCCAAGGGAGGCAGGACAAUUUAUGCUAAACAUGGGGGGAAAGAGGAAGCACUUUCCUUCUAAUCUAAGAAUUCUUGAGGAAUUCAGUCUUUGCAAAUUCCAACACAAAAUGACAUGAUCCACACACCUCUUGGAGUAAUGUGAGGAUAUGAGUUUGAAUACGUGGGGGAUUUUGUGCUUCUUCAGAUUUUGAGAUGUACAGUUUAAAUUAUCACAAUGUGCUUUUAAAUACCUAUUUUGCCAGAAAAUAUGCAUUUAAAUAUGCAUUUGUACAUGUAUUUAAACAGCACAAUACUAUUUAAAUAGGUAUUUAGAAAUGAUUCUUUAAAAAUGCAUAUUACUGUGGAAAUGGAAUGGAACUAUGAAUAAAAACAUGGAAAAGUGUCACACAACCUAGACAGUGAUCUGGCCAGAGUGUUCUAGAACCGAAGGAGUCAUUUCCUGCUGAUACUGUCCACCUGGGCAUGCAUUUCUAGGUUGUAAUUUAGUAGCUUCUGAAAAGCACAUGCUAACUGUGACUAUUAAAAGUGUUGUGUCUGUCUGCAAACGACUGUUUUAAAUAGACAAACUUUGUUCUGUGCAAUGAAAAAAAAAGAAUGCUCUGGGGUCAUUUCAGCAGCAUUAGUAGCGCAAUAGCCAGCAGGCAGCAGAGAGAUUGUUGGUGGCACUGCAGAGGCAAAGGAUCAAGGCACAGGAUUUAAUGAAUGUCUAGUGUUAUAAUUCAUCACUGCUGGAUGAACAGGGCAGUCAGGGCAGGAUAAUCACCUAAGGGGAACAACAAGCCUGGCAAGCCGUCUUGGCUUCACUGCUGACCCACUGUGAGAUUAAAGCCAGCAUUUGCAAUUGCUGUCUUGCAGGAGAAGGGAAGAAAUAUUAUUUUACCAUUGGGCUUUUAACGUAACCUUUUCAGAAAAUAUGUGCCAUUCCUUGACUGUCUGAAUACUUCUCUCUCUUCCCUGACGAGGGAAGUGCUGGAAUCCUUCUGGCCACAGAUGUCUUAUGAGCUGGAUUUUCACCUUCGUCAUCUGUUGCUCUCCUCAGCAGCAGUUGAGCCUCUCAGUCUGCCUUGUCUGCUGCAAAAAGCCCUUUCACCAGAGUGACGCUUAGCUUUAAAACUGUGCCUUCAGCAGAGAUGCAUUGUAGGGUGUUGCUAUUGGUCAGUUGGCAUGCUAAAUCUUUGCCUAACAAUAGCAAUGUCUGUUUGGGUACCACUGUUUACUCUGCCACCAUUUUGAAUGCUUUGAGAGACAUUGAGAUAGGAAGGGCCAACACAUUUGAUGUUUUCUAAAUAAUCACUGACUGUACGCACUUUCCCCCUUGAAUUUAGUAUUUGUGUGUUACCUUUUGUGAGCCACCUGGGGGCUGUUUCUUGGUUGAAACUCAAACAACAAUAAUGGAACUCUGCAGCAAGACUUCUGAAGCUGCAGGGAUAGAAUCUAGUGAUGCAUUUCAAUUGCUCUGUUGUGCUCACAAAUUUCUGCAGCGGUUUUAUAGCAUCUGCUCUCCCAUCUGAUCAGAGUGUGUGUUGCUGUGUACGAGGAGGAUAGGAGGUUGAUAUCAGUGGCACUGGGAAUCAGAAAGCAAUGGCAGGAGGUGUUGUUUUGGCUAGGGUGAAGGCCUGGCUACUUUCCUGACUAACUACGGCUACUGGUGAGCAAGGAAAGGAAUGAGAAUGACUGCUCAAAAGAAAGAAGCAGGGAGUGGCAGUGGCCUCAGAUAACCCCUGGCAAAAGGCAGGAGAAGUCUGCCCUGAACUGAAAUGAGGGCAACAGAAGGGAUGAAGGAUAAGGGGUGCUUGCCAGCCCUCUUCCCACCAUGUGAUCCCCAUGGAAAACUGUUUGUGGAUCUGGGAGCAAGGCAGUAGCUGCCAGUUUCACCCUACAAAAUGCAGGUAAUUAUAGAUGCACUUGAGAAUGGCUUCCUGGAAGAUUGUGAGAGACUCAAGUUAAUCCACAGUAAAGGCUUGGGCAGAUGAAUUCCCCCCCCCCCCGUCUCUUACACACACACACACACACACACACACACACACAUUUUUUAAAGAAUUGGAAAGGACCAUGAGGGUCAUCUAGUCCAGCCCCCUGCAAUGCUGGAAUAUUUUGACCAACAUGACCCUGAGAUUAAGAGCCUCAUGCUGUACCAAGUGAGCUAUCCCAGUUUUAUGCUUGCAAGAGUUAAUAGUUGGCAGGAUUCAGCUAAGUUAUUGCAGCCUUCAUUUCCCCCCUGCAAAUGUGAUUGUUUGUAGAUCUGUGAUUUCUACUUCCCUGUCUUGAUUAGGGUUUGAGCCAACACAAAUGGAAGCCAUCAGAGAAUUUCUAUUGCCCUUUACAGUGCAACCCUAUAUGUCUGCUCAGAAGUAAGUUCCAUUGAAUUCAGUGGGGCUUCACUCCCAGGCAUGUGGAUUAAGGAUUGCACGUUGAGUCAUAGAACCAGACAUACUGAUUGAUUUAUUUAAACACAUUUUCAGACUGCUUGGUAUUUAAAAAUCUCUAAGCAGUAUACAAAAAUACAGCAUAAAAACAACAAGACAGUGUCAUAAAAGCAAAUUGACAACACAAAAGCCAGACAAACAGGAAUAAAAACAUAUAAAACAUAUAAAACAUAUAAAAACAUAUAAAAAAUAUAUUCAGUAAUAAGAGGGUUCAGUCUUAUGGAUCAAGGAAAGCCUGAGCAAAAAUAUAUGAUAUUUCAAGACACCUGAAGCGACUAAUGGGUGGUCCUUUAUGCUUGUUCAAAGGCUUGUAAUGCCCCCCCCCCAAUCUGGAUGCCCUUCUCACUCCUUCCCUACAUGGGCUCAUUUGUACACUUAGUGGUUGCCUGUAGGGGGCUUCUGAGAGCACUGAUUAAAGCAAGACACAGUAUUAAAGGUUUUAUGAAUGUGCAUGGUUAUUUUUCAUCAAAACCCAUCUUUUUAAAGAUCUCAUUAACUAUUGGUGAAAUUAGAUGCAAUAAGCAUAUAAAAUUAUUUCGUGUGUGUGUAUCUAGAUCAGGGGUAGGCAACCUCAGGCCCAGGGGCUGGAUGCAGCCCAAUUACCUUCUAAAUCCAGCCCGCAGAUGGUCGGGGAAUCAACAUGUUUUUACAUAAGUAGACUGUGUCCUUUUAUUUAAAAUGCAUCUCUGGGUUAUUUGUGAGGCCUGCCUGGUGUUUUUACAUGAGUAAAAUGUGUGAUUUUAUUUAAAAUGCAUCUCUGGGUUAUUUGUAGAACACAGGAAUUCGUUCAUAUUUCCCCUCCCAAAAUAUAGUCCAGCCCACCACAUGGUCUGAGAGACGGUGGACCGGCCCCCUGCUGAAAAAGGUUGCUGACCCCUGAUCUAGAUAGACAAGACAGAUAGAUGUAAGAUAUAUUAGCUCUACCAUGGUGACUUGUGCAUUGGAAACUUCAUGAUUGGAAUGAUGUAAUGUAGUCCAGAGAUGGACUCUGUACAGGACUUCCCAUGGGAUCGGUCCAGAAGCUGCAGCCGGACCGGAAUGCUGUGGCCAGGUAGUUGAGUGGAGCCCUGAGACUCAGGCAUGCUACACCUGUGCUGAGGGAACUGCACUGGCUGCUGAUCACCUACGGGGCCGUGCUCAAGGUCUUGUUAACAUAUAUAGCCCUGAACAACUCAUGACCAGGUUAUCAGAAGGAUCACCCGCCUCUAUAAACUCCCUUAGAUCACCAGGGAACAUUCCACAGAAUAUCAUAGUGACCCCAAAACUAUGGAAUGCCCUUCCCUCUGCCAUACAUGAAGCCAAUUCACACUUAUUCCAGAGAUUGGACCCUGUUUUAAAUAUUUGAAUCCUCAAAAUUUCUGUUUUAUUUGCUUUUUUAUGUUUUUGUGCUCCUGUUUUAUUGGUUUCAGAUUGUAUUUUUGCUUAAUGGAUAUUGUGGAUUAGAUAGAAAUCUUAAAAACAUUAAGUGAUUUAGAAAAGCUUUUAAAUAAAAGAAUAAAUAUCAUUCAUUUAUCUACUUAAAAUGUUUAUAUGCACUAAUUAGAAACAAUAUUUUACUUAUUUUACCCCAUUGUUUUCUGCUUUUCCAUGGGUUAGUUUUACUGUGGUUCUUCAUGCUUUCACUUAGGACUGGAAGCAGUCGAAGAGACACUGCAUUUGUAGAGAAUGCUCCUCCUCCUGCUCUCUCCCCAGAGAUCAUUAUCCAGAACCACUGAGAGGGAGAAGAUUUACAGAGCUGUGAUGAUGGCUGUUGUGCAGUGCUCAGUGGAAAUGCAAUGUUCUGACAGAAGGGACACCAUUAGAGCAGCCAUUUAUUGUUGUUUGCACUUUGGACCACAAACUGAAUGACAUUAAAAUCCUUCUGAAAGCUCUUCAUUGUGUUUAAAGACAAGGAGAGCACAGAAGCUGCCAAAGAACCAGAAGGUCUAAAAUAGCUUUUAAUUACCUUCCUCUCAACUCUUCUCAAAGUGUUAGAGUACUUUAGUUGCUGAAUUCUGAACAAAUUAUUAAUCAUUACUGCACUUACUUUCACCAGCUUGUAUCCAUUAGUUGCAAAAUGCAGAACUCCAAAUUUUUCUCCAUACAUCUAGAACAGUUGGGGACGUCAGCAUCUCAAACAUCAUCCCCCCCCACCCAAAAACUCUUCCUCUUGCAUGCCUCAUGGCAAAUCACAAAUGCUUAGUAUCUUGCCUUAUGCAUGUUUGCAAAAUGGCAGCACUUAAAUUAUCACACGAGUAUGGAAACUGAAGUUUAUUGUGGGCUCUUAAUUUAAAGAAAGAAAGAAAGUGGCAGGUGAAGCUUCUUUGUAUAAAGCAUAUUGAUCCAAGAGGACAUUCUGUAAGAAACUCAAGACGAAAUGCAGAGCUAUCUUUAAAUAAUUUACUGUGUUCAAUGCAUUUAAUACGAAAAAGCAGGACUGGGCAUUUAUUCCUGGGCUGUUUCCAACAAUUCCACUACAACAGCACUCUUAUUAUCUUGUGUUAUUUGUGUACUUGUUGCUUUGCUGUAAUGAAUGUUAUCCAUUAUGGCAUCAAGCCAACGGUUUAAAGCAUGGACUUUUGACCUCAGACAUGGGCACAUUAGUCAAUGAGGGGUUUUUUGGGUGCUCUGAGGACAUAAACCAUGGAGUCCUCAAAGAGGUCACUUGCAUUGUUGUUAUCCUCAGCUAGCAGACAUGCACCAUUGCAGGACCUAAUAACAUCACCACUACAGAUCAGAAUCCUACCAUCGGAGUUCAUUCACCUGCAUAUACUCCAAUGUGACACAUGCAGUCGCCUGCCAAAAAAGGCCUUCUGCUGUCUGCAUUAGACAAAUAAAUCUGUCUCUAUGUAGAAAAAUGUCUCUAUGUAGACUCAAUCCUGACAUAAAAAAUUGAACACCAAGAAACUAGAGGGAGAACAUUUUCAUUCUCCUAGGGUAAUCUGCAGAUGACCUCAAGUCAGAAGCACCAGCUUCAACAAAAAAUACUUCAAAGGAAGGCUUCCAGUGUAAAACAGAUGAGUUGCACAAUUUGUAAGCAACUUUGACUCUCCUUAGUUUAGGCUUAAUGUCCAGCUAUAGAAAGCAAUUCUUUCUCAUUAUGUUAAGAAUUAGGAUAGCAAGAAAGUGAGAGCAUUGCCACUAAUGACGGCCACACUCUCUCCUUGACAUUCGUAGAAUCAUAGAGUUGUAGAGUUGGAAGGGACCACAAGAGUCAUCCAGUCCAACCCCCCGCAAUGCAGGAAUCUUUUGUCCAACAUAGGGCUCAAACCCAUGACCCAGAGUCUCGUGCUCUGUUGACUGAGACAUCAUAGGGUUACUGCUAUCUUUUGUCUUCACUGUUUUGUGUAUGUGUAUGUAGAGAGGGAGGUGGGCUUAAUACAGUGGUGUAAUACAGAGGGCAGAUUUGAUGAAGUGAAGGGCUGUGAGGGCUGACCAAAGGGCCAACCAAAGUUGUUAACUUUUUUUAGGAUUGAAGUUGUUGAGCUUUUUUAAGGGUUGAAGUUGUUGAGAUUUUCUUAGGAUUUUACCCCAGGAAAUAAACUGCCACAGGGGCCGGAUUAAACCAACCGGCAGAUUAGGCUCGCGAAUUGGAGUUCAGACAUGCCUGGCUUAAAGAAACAGCUCAUAUGAUGGCUGGAAUACAAGUGGAAGAAAACCCCACUUACCAUAACAACCCACUUUGUGGCUGUAUGAAGAGCUGCUAGGGCUAGAAGUAGGCCACCAUGGUUCUGUGCACAGCUGCCAAUGCUGUGAGCCUACAGAGCGUACAGAUCAAGGAUGGCUUAACUAUGGUCCUCCAGCUGUUGAACUACAGCUCCCAUCUUCCAUGAUCAUCGGCCAUGCUGGCUGAAACUGAUGGGCGUUGUAUUCCAAUGACAUCUACACAGCCACAGUUUAGCCACCUUUGCCCUAAUAACAAAAUGUUCCCAUGUGUGAGUCCACCCACCCAUUGGCUAUCCUCUAUAGGAAGGGCUCCAAAGUCUUUAUGUACAGAUUGGGACUUUGCUUUGGGCAGUGAUAGCAUUUCCUGGUUCUUUGCUUCCUUCUUUGACUCCUGGAUAGACCUCCAGUCCUAAUCUCUGAUGUUAAGCUUGGCUCAGCUUUAUUGGCCAAUACACAGGUUGUAGCCAGGGCCUCAACUAGUCAGGUUGGUUUGGAUGGAUUUCACUUAUUGCAGACUGAGAAUGUGGACAAGGUAGGUCAUAAGAACAUAGGAAGCCAGCAAUGACUCUCCAGGGAUUUUGACAGGAGUCUUAUCUGGCCCUACCUGGAAAUGCCAGGGAUUAAAACUGGGACCUUUUGCCGGCAAAGCAUGCGUUCUACUGCUGAAUUUAAAUUGUUCCCAUGGUGCUUGGAGAGACGUGGUCCAUCAGUGGUUCUAUGAGAAAGGAAAUGAUCAUGACUGCCACAAAGGAAGUACCAAUGCAGCCGAUGAAGAUCUUGCCUUCCUAGGAAAUUGGAAACUGCCUCAUGUAUCCAAGGGCAGGGGUGGGGGUGCUAGGAAAACCUGUUUGCACUCUUCUAUUGCACAACCACCUUGCAGUGUAGGCAAGCUGCAUCUUAACUAUCUGGUAGCUGCUCCCACCAUCCUAACUUACAGUCCCCAGAUGGUAGUGGAUUUUGGGGUGUUCAAGAAAAUGCUAAAACGUGGGAUCCCAAAACAAUGCAUCCUGCACUUCUCAGUCAGAUCCCUCUCGGCUUACUCAGGAAAAUUGGGCUAACAUUCAAUUGUCUCUUCAUCCUGGGAUUUAGCACAGCUUACCUUUCUCCCCAUGAAACCCACAGUUUCAUCCUAGUAGCAAACAUCCAGUGGAGAGGCAAAUUCCUAAAGUGUUUUUUGGGGGUGGGGGAAACAGUUGUAGUUGUUGUUAUUUUUUAUUAAAUUUGUAAACCAUCCUUCAUCUGUAGAUCUCAGAGUGGUUCAUAAUAUUAAAAUAUAAUGCAAAAACACAAAAUAAAUAUUAAAAACAAGAACAUAAAAAGUCGCUAUCCAAGAAUCCCCCCUCCCCAAACACACACAUUUAAAAGGGGUAUACGAUGUUAAUCAACCAAUGCCUGGCUAAAGAGGAACUUCCCUGGGGAGAGCAUUCCAUAGAUGGGGAGCCACUGCAGAAAAGGCCCUGUUCUCGUGUUGCCACCCUCCGUACGUCUUGUGGAGGAGGCACACGAAGAAGGGCCUCAGAGGAUAAUCUCAGGGUCCAGGUAUUUAGCAUUGUCAUGCUUAAUGACAAUAUUUGAUGGUAAAGUAUGACAAAUAUUUCUCUUGUAAGCAGUGUAACAAAGAAAAGUAAUUUAAGAUUUUGCAGUUUCAGUUUACAGAGAGACAUUAUUUCAUAGGAAAAACAAUGAAUAUGUGACAUCUAAAAGAUUCAGAUUUAUUGGGUGUAAACUUUUGUGGGCUAGAGUCCAUUAGCUGUGAAUCUAACAACAGAUGCUGUAUCAGUUAUUUGAGAAUAUGAAAAAGGAGAUAUUUGUAGACCAAUAGGUUGAUACAGUUAUUAUUAUGUCCAUGAUUGCUGGUCAGGGCUGAGAUUUGAGCUAUAGAAUAGGGUCUCGUUUCUUAUUUCCUUCUCCCAUUUUUAGAUCCCUUUUUUUGAGGCAUUAGCUCCUGCUGUUGUGACAAAACAUGUCUGCUUUUGAUGAAAAUCUGCUGCAGUCGGCAAGCCUGAUAUAAUCUAGUGUAAUUCUCUGCAGUCCAUAAACCCCAGCAGAAACUCCAUCACAAGCAGAGUGGCUGAAAUCCACUCUUCACAGGAGGCUGCACUUAAUGGAACUCAGAGAGACACCUUCCAGUAGAAAAGAAUCAUUUUCUCUUUCACUGGAUAAACAAACAAAGUGUUAUUAAAAAACAACAACCUGCCUUUUCCAUGCAUUCUGUGGUAAUCCUUAACAUUCAGCCAUGGCAAUAUUAACUAAGAAGUAUAUCCUAAGUAUAUCCUUAAUAUUCUGCUUCCUAACACAUCGUUUCUCACCUUCCUGUAUCGUGCUUUUGAGUUUUGCAUGCUGUUAAUUGUUCACAUUGCAUAUGCACUUUGCAAUUGUUAAACCUUUCCUUGCUGGUGUGGGGUUGUAUUCCAUUUUUAAAAUACUAAUAUUAAAUUUGCUUACCAUCAGAUUUUUACUGCUCUGAAUUAUUUAUUUCUAACAUCUGUGCAGAGCUCAAUUGUGGAAACCUCUAGGUGGUUUACACAGAACAUAAACUAUACAUUAAAACAUUAAAAUUAUCAAAGAAAGUCAGGAUUAUUAUUUUUUAAGUUUUAAAACAUAAAAAAAUCCAAGUGUACAUAAAAUCAGUAGUUAAAAAUAUACUCUUUCUGAAUGAAAAGUACCUAUUAAAAUGCACGCCAAUCUUUCAUAUCUGGGCAGGCUUGCCUAAACAAAAAAUGGUUUUUAGCAGUCACUGAAAACAAUAUAGCCAACAUGCCUGCCUAAUGUCAAUGGGCAGGGAGUUCCAGAGUGUAGGUGCUGUCAUCAUAACGGGGGGAGGGCAGCCUGUGGCCCCCCAGAUGUUGUUGGACUCCAGUUCCCAUCCACCACAGCCAGCAUGACCCUUGGCCAGGAAUGAUAGGAAUUGUAGUCAAGUCUAGUUUUCAAGGUGGAAAGUCGCUUUAUGGCAGUCAACAGGCUGCUAGAAAACUUGGUCAAAACACACAAAUUCUUCGUGUGACUAACCCAUUCAUAUAUAAGCAGAGUGAAGUGGUUCUGUUUUUUCUUUAAAAAGGCACACAUGGGCAAGUGGAGUUGAAUCUGUCUUCUUUCUUCUUACUUCCCCAUGCUCUGUUGUCUCAAGCAUUUUUCACCCGUCCUCUUUUUUGCUCUUCAAGAUAUGGCAUCCCUAGAUUUGGAAUGUAUUGGGUGAGGGGUUGGCAAACCCUACUGCCUUUGAGUGAGUAUAUUUUUGUGAUCAUUUGGCAGAUUUUUUUAAAAGCUGAAGAAAUCUGGAGGUGAUCCGAGAUUAGAAUGCAUCGCUUUUUAAACAUGUUUAAGCAGAAAUUAAUAUUGAUUUCUUUCCCUACUUUGUUUUGCAGCCAAAACCACCCAAUCCUGACUGGCGUUAUUCUGCAUCUUUAAGAGCUGGAAUGCAAGGGUAUGUAUCGCAUGUACCCUUCUUUUCUGUGAGGGAAACUGUUCAUUUGCAAUCUGCUUGCUUUAAGUUGCAUUGCCCUUGAUCCACCAGGAAGAUGUCUGUCUGUCUGGUAGGCUGGUUGGUUGGAAGUUGUUUUGGGUUGCCCUGGGCAAGACAAUGUGGUAAAGGUAAAGGGACCCCUGACCAUUAGGUCCAGUCAUGAACGAUUCUGGGGUUGCAGUGCUCAUCUUGCUUUAUUGGCCGAGGGAGCCGGCGUACAGCUUCCAGGUCAUGUUUCCAGCAUGACUAAGCCACUUCUGGCGAACCAGAGCACCGCACAGAAACACCGUUUACCUUCCCGCUGGAGCGGUACCUAUUUAUCUACUUGCACUUUGAGGUACUUUUGAACUGCUAGGUUGGCAGGAGCAGGGACUGAGCAAUGGGAACUCACCCCGUCGUGGGGAUUUGAACCACCAACCUUCUGAUCGGCAAGUCCUAGGCUCUGUGGUUUAACCCACAGCACCACCCGUGUCCCUUAAGACAAUGUGACAUAAUAAUAAUAAUAACAGCAUGACUCUGCCCUUGUGGCGUAGGAGAAGUUCCUGGUGGAGUGAGCCCAUAAGCAGCUGUAAGGUCAUGCAACUUUCAGAUAUUUUCCAGACUUGUUUUAAUAACUGUUUAUAACAUAUAGCAAUAUUGUUCACACCCUGAUCCCUGAGUGGCGAGAGACCCAAAGGGUGCCAGUGCUUACCCUGGGUUCAGAUUCUGUGGAAUGAAGGAGGCUGGGGUGUCUUUGGGAUAUGUGGUUUUAAUACAAUUUGAGCAUACAAUCAUAGAAUUGUAGAGUUGGAAGGGACCCCAAGGGUCAUCUAGUCCAACCCCCUGCAAUGCAGGGAGCUGUGAUAAAGCAUCCAUGAUGGGUGGCCGUCCAGCCUCUGCUUAAAAACCUCCCAAGUAAGGAGAGUCCACCACCUCCCAAAGGAGACCAUUCCACUGUCAAACGGCUCUUACUGUCAGAAAGUUUUUCCUGAUGUUUAGUCGGAAUCUCCUUUCUUGUAACUUGAAGCCAUUGGUUCAGGUCUUACCCUCCGGAGCAGAAGAAAACAAGUUUGCUUCAUCUUCUAUAUGACAGUCCUUUAAAAUAUUUGAAGAUGACUAUCAUAUCUCCUCUCAAUCUCCUCUUUCUCAGGGCAGUGCACAGCAUUCAAACCUAGUGUUGGUUGUACCCAAUGAAGUCAUCUUGUUAGCACAAGGCAUUCCACUUGCAGAAUGGAUUUCCCUUCCUUCUCCUCUCCCUGUGACCCCUGCACCCCCCAAAUCCGCUCCAGGAGUGUGCAUGGCAGUGGGGAGGAAGAGAGAAAGUUGUGUUCUGCAAGAUGGUAUGACUUCACUAGAUACAAGCCCUUAUCUCUACAAAUCGUUUGAUUCAUUUACUAUCUUCAUUACUAUUUUAUUAGUCAUUUCUGCUCCCUGUGUGAUACACAUUAUACAUGUUAUAUAGUUUAUCUUCCAAUAGCCAUGAGUUGUGGUUAGGUGUCCAAAACUACACAGAAUGUGUGUCGUGGUUGAGCAAGAAUAUGACUCCAGAUAGUCCGCCACAUUGAAAAACAUCUCUCUGGGUGGUAUUCAACUACGUGCUGGGGCAAAUGUCCCAUCAGCACAAGCAUUGCAGCUUGCGGGACAGAAUGAUCCUCUCCUCCCCCUGCAGGCUAUUCUGGGAGUUUUCGCUGCCCCCAAGCCAAUUUUGGGGAGUGUCAAUGGAGCAGAGGAGGAAAAACCUUGCUGUGUGAACUUGCACUGACGGGACUCAUUAGCUGAAUCCCGCUCUCUGUUCUGUGUGUCACCCUAGCAACAGUAACUGGGGACAUCAUCAGAGUCAGCAUGACAGCAUCAGGUACUCCAAAAUGGCACUGGGCACCUGCUUUGGGAUAAAGGCCUAUUUUAUAAUAUGGUCACCAACAAAUGCAAAUAACUGAGCCAAUGAAUUAUAUCUAAUGAAGCAAGGUUGGCUUGGAAAUUGACAACAUUUUUGCCAUCAAUAGAAUCUAAUAGUUGACUUUAGAAUUUUGGAUCAAAUUUAUCCAUAUGACAAGCAAAGCACAUGUAUUUAUUUCUUUAAACCCACAUGCCCUUUGUCAUUAUCACUUGAGUUUACACCUUAAUAAUGUGUGGUUGUUAAAUGUGCUGGCCUCAUGUCAGAAUGUUCACCACAUAAUGUGUCAGAAAAAGAUUCUGUGGAAUGUUUCCUGCUGUUCCCUCUUUCUUCAAGCCAAAGGCAUAAGGUGCCAUCACUGCUGGGUAUUGUAAAUUACAGCAGAAUACUUGCUGUAAGAGUUUGGUUAAUGGUAGUAAGCUGAAGGAUGCCUGGAACUGACAGGACAGUGUUUCAUUAUUUACUUCAAUGGUAAGGCAUAAACACUAUUGGGAUUUAGUAAUUUCCCAGCUAUGUUAGACAUGUCACAUCUCAUUAAUGGAAACAACCCAUUCCGUAAAGGCAACAUUUGUGCAACAUUUGUCUGACUUGGAUGAGAGCAGGGAUAUAUUAAGUUGUGGAAUGCAAAUAUACAAUGAAGGUCCACUAUUGUACAUUUUGAAAAACUGAAACAUUAGAUGGUUUCAAUGAUACUUUUGCAGGAAGCACACUGUAGCAGAAAAGGUGGUAUAUUAAUACUUUCAUCAUAAGUAAGAAUGAAAUAAUUUGCAUAAAUGGUUGUUGCUGCUGCUGUGGGUGAUGAUUAUGAUGGUGCUGAUUAUGAGCAACUGUGACAGUGAGCAUUUUGGAAUGUGUAGCGGAAAGGGCAAUGCUGCUUUUAAAAAGGAACCAUAUUGUUUUAAUGAGAACGGCAUAAUCUAAUCACUGUGUACAUUUGUUUAGUGCUGUACACAUGGAGGAAGCAGGAGGCUUACGUGUGGGACCUGGAGGACCUGAGCAGCAGUGGCCAACAGUAUCCAGCGCAACAACAGGUAAGGGGGGGGGAGUUGCGCCAUUUUCUCUGUGUGGUCUUGGAACCAGUUUCUGCUUGUUCAUAACUGUCCUGAAUCACUCUCUGCCAAAGAACCUCUUGAAUUUGAAUGAACAAGGCAAAAGAACAGAUGGGUACCUGAUAUUGGCCUCAGUCCCAGGCUUCCAGCAGCCUGCAUCAGAAAAUAACUUGAGAUUGUUUGAAUUGUGGUUUGAAGAACAUUUCUAAACAGCAUGGAAACAACAUUUUUAAUAUGACAGAAGAGGGCACAAAAUAAUUGCUGCUGGUUGUUAUUUAUCUCCUCAUUCUUAUUUUAUAAGCUCAGGAGAAAUGUAUCUCCUCCAGCCUCUCAGGUGAGAUUUAAGACCAGGGAAGUGUAAUAUCAUCACUACUGGCGUAUAAAAUUGGAUUGUUUACCAGUUAUGGGGGUGGGGGAUGCUGUGAUGGUGCUCCACAUGCAGGCAGGCACACCACAGACCCUUGCCUCACUACUCUCAGAACUCAGGAUUUGCAUAUUGGGUACCUCAAGGGGAUUUUUGGAUUGCCUGAAACAAAGCAAGGACUGCUGAAGCACAUUGUGUCUCCUCCAUGAUGCAGACAUUUGAAAAAUGCUGCAGACAAGCAUCUCCUAAAACCAAAUCUAUGUCUUUAAGCUUGCCAUAUAAGGGAAAUGCCAGGGGGUGGGAGGAGAGGGAGCGGCUAGACAAAAUCAAAUCUUACAUUUCUUGUUUGAGGGAAAGGCCACAAUGCCAGGAGGAAAAAAGGGGCGCUCCUUCAUUAUUGACAGGUCUAGCUUGUAAUAAGAGAAAAUGAUGUUUUCCGUGCUUGCCAGUCACAGUGCCUUGGGGGAAGGAGCAGCCUUAUAACAGUGAAACUUAUGUUUCGAAGUUUAAGGAAGAAACCAGGAUGAGGAGGGAGACAUCCUUCCUUCCUGACAGAUCUAAUUUAUAAUCAGAGGAAGUGAUUUUAUGUUUUAAUUCUUCUCACCCCAAAAUCAGCUCUAAUGAUAUGUAAGUUACUUUGAGUCAUUUGCAUAAGUAAACGACUAAUAGGAAUAACUAAUAAUGGCAGUUAGUACAAAUGCUUAUGAACAUUUCUGGGGGUACUGAAUGGUACACAACACCGGCACCUUUUACUAGAAGAAAAGCAUUGCCUAUGAACCUGUUUGUUUGUCUUUUGUUAGGUUUCUUACCCAGGGGAAAGGCUGCAGUUUUCAGAUCCGUUACCCACAAAACACUAGGGAAAGAUUAAGUGAUUCCUUUUUUACACAUCAAAAAACCUGUAACAGCGACCCUUACAGGAAAACUUCUGCAAGUUUCCUUCUGAAACUUGGCAGGAUCCAUGCCUUCAGAAGAGACAGCUGUGCCUGCACAUUUCAUGGAAUCCCAGCCCCAGAUUUAGAAAGCUAAAGAUGCCAUCUUUUAUUUUACAGAAAUCAAAUUUACAUAGCACAGAGCCCCCUGGACCCAUGUGGUUGUGAUUUUAUCCACUCUUGACGGAUUAGUAUGUCUGCAAAUUUCUUCCACUUCUGUUGAAAGAAAACAAAAAUGAUAGCUGGGGUUGUUUUUUUAAUCACAAUAGUGAAGGAAAGGGAAUGUGAAGGGAAAGAAAUAAACAGGCUCAAACUGACAGUGAGCCAAAUCCGGCAGCUCUUGAGGUACCUCAGGCCACAUUUUGUGGUGUGCUAUUUGGGGUCUGAACUAAAUAUUGUGGUUGGUGCACUCAGCUACUAUAUAAUGUGUUAUAAUUAUAGCUCUUCAUUUUUAGUUGUUUUCUGCUCUGGUGCCCAGGUUCAUGAACUCAUGCUAUCCCCCCCCCCCCCAUUGCCAGUCAAAUUAAGAUAUGCUUUCCAUGAGGCAAUUGACCCAUUUCAUGCCAUUACACUAAAGUGAACUAACCAAAUGUUUGCUUUUGCUGUGUCAUUUCCACUGCCCCAGAGUUACACCUGUGUCUCGCCAGGCGUUAAUUAGCUGCUCAUUUGCAAGAGGCCUAUUUAGCUGUUGCAGCUCUCUCCCUCUGACUGGAAUAAGGUGCACCUGAUCCCAGUUUCAGAUACACACCUUCUGUACAGUUGGCUUGCUCAAUUUUUUAUUUCCAUUAGGUGGGUCAGUAAACCAUUCAUUUAAUUUAUUGGUCCACAAAAGCUUUGGCCAAAGUGCUUCGCACUGAAGGAAUCAGUGAGUUAAUCAAUGAGAGUUUCAAAAGAUGAUGUCAUAAUAAGUUUUAAGAAGGAUAAAGAAGUUAAUCGUUAAGCCAGCAAAUCCUUAAUUCCUUGCAUGCAGCUGCACUCUGAAUUUGUGUAGCAUAGCAGCAGUUCUGUGCCUGGAGCAUUAAAGCCCGUUCUCAGUUACAUGGAUCAAACUUCCAUCGGAUCCAAAGGGAGUUUCACCUAAGCAAAGCAGAGCAGAGUUCAUCCUGUUGAUGCUUAUUUCUUUUAAGCUAAUGCCAUGUCCUGAAUUUCACUCUGGCGUAAAGAGGAAAGUGGAAAAUGAAUGGCUGAGCUGCUUUGAAAAUCCAUGGGCUGCAAUGUUGUUGUCACCAGAAAGUAACAGAGUAUGGAGCAGAAAAAGCACUUAAAAUCGGCCCCUUUUAUUGGCUUGCUGAAUUGCUGAUUUUCCCCCCUCCAUCAGUGUCAGCAGAGGAGAGGGGAGAUUUUUCUAAAAGGUAUUUCAUGACUUAGUAACAGUAACAUUAUGGUCCUGGUAAAGAACAUCAAUUAACAUUUUUCUUUGAUAAAAUGCACCCUUUUGAGGUUGGUGGGGGUGAUUAAUACACAGCUGCCAAACGUGAAGAAACAUUAGACUAAAUUUUAGACUAAAACUUCCAACAUUUGUUCUGUUGGCCUACUUUAUUCUUACUGGCUUUUGCACUUCUGAUACAUUAAAAUAAUUCAGUUAAAAGGAAAGGAUUAAAUGGUGCCUAAGAGUUGUGGGGUAAACCAGGAACUACAGAGAGCAGCGGAGGAACACGACUCCUUCUUCCUCAAGUUUACUUUUCAGGAUACACAGCCAUCUUUCCAAGGCAGCUAACAAGUAGCAGUAACUUAUAUUUUAGAAAAACACAACAGUAAACAAUAUUUUUUAAUUUUGCAUAUAUAUAUGCAGUGAUUCAUACACAGUUGAUUUUUAUUUUUUAUUUUUAAGUCCCACCCCCUCCCACAGUGGUACCAAAUGUCUAUUUCAUGUCAUUUCACUUUUUAGUCUUCCUCAAUUUGGUGUGUGCUCUCAGAGGCCUAUUAUAACCAUGUUCUAUCAUAGAAUUGUAGAGUUGGAAGGGAUCCUGAGGGUUCAUCUAGUCCAGCCUCUCUAAUGCAAAGUUCACAGUCUGGCCACCCUUGCUAGCAUGGGCCCUGGUGCAAGUGCUGCAAUUGCACCAUUAUCACCCAACAAGUUCAUAAGUUUAUUAUUCUAGCCAAAGGCCAUGUCAAACUUGCAUUAGGCUUUGCAUUAAUAAAAUAAUACAGAAUACAGUCAUACCUCAGGAUACAGAUGCUUCAGGUUGCAUUUUUUCAGGUUACGGACCCACCGAAACCCGGAAGUACCAGAACGGGUUUCUUCCAGGUUUCGGGGGUCGCUCAUGCACAGAAGCGCUAAAUCACGCUUUGCGCAUGUGCAGAAGUGCUGAAUCACAACCCGUGCAUGCGCAGACGCGCUGCUGCGGGUUGCAAACGUACAUCCCGCAUGGAUCACGUUCGCAACCCGAGCGUCCACUGUAUACAUCUGCAAUAUUAAAAUUCAUAUAAAAAGACUUCGCCAAGUUCCUGAGCAUUAAAACACAGUUUGCCUUAUGCAUCUCCGACAGCUCCAGUUCUAAUAUUAUUUUGCCUUUUUCAAAUCCAAUUCGCCAUUUUCCACUUUGCUACUAAAUAUCUUUAGGGCGGGUUCAGUCUUCCGUGUGAAGUUGGCAACAAGUAAGGCUUGAGCUCCACAGUCUGUUCUAGUUUUAAUUGAAUAGCUUUAAAGUUUUAAAGUCAUUUGUCUCAGCACUUAAUACUAAUUGCAAAUUCAGGUAAGGAGCAUAUCUCUUUUAACCGUUUUCCUUCUAUGUGGUCUUAAAAGUCAUAUAUUUUAAUUGGAGGACAGGAGCUGGAAGAGCAGCUGUUUGGGUUUGAUGUUUUUAACUGAUAACAAACUCAUGAGAAAAACUUAGAAGACCAUCUCAUCCUAAGGAUACUCUGCAGUUUUAACAUGGUUAUUACAUGAGCACAGACCUGUGGUGCUUCAGUUAAAGCGUCCAGAAAGCCACUGCCAAAUUUAGUUCGGAAAUUUAUGCUGGGUUAUUGUGACUCAGCAGGGGAGGUGGAGGUAACUGGAAAGUGAUUGUGGCAAGAUGGACAGCCAUGGUCCUUUACAUUGUGAGAGUGCAAGUAAGGGGCUGGAGAAGCCUUUUUCCAAGUAAAAGCUUAGCUACCUGGUCAAUUGAGCCACACUUGUUAGGAGAUGAUGUAUAUGCUCCCAGGCAACCUCAGCUUCCAGAUUUAGGAAAUCAUUUAUUUAUGUUAUAAAUACCUGUCUAAUUGAGACUGGAGAGGCAGUAUUGAACUAACCUUUUGGAAUCCUGAUAUAUGGGACAAAUUUUGGUCUCUAAGUCAUAUUUUUGUUGACAGAGAGCUGUUAUUCCAGUUAAAACAUUGCCUGAAUAAUGCCCCCACCCAGUGUUAAAUAUCUAUCCCCCAUACUUACUAGAGAAAGGGAACUGUAGUCUGGAAAAGGCCAUUUGAGAGGAAGGAGCAGUAAGUUCUCAAGCCACAAGACUCCUGCCUUUGUCACCUGUCCUAAUAAUAUCCAGAUACACUCCAAUAGACAAGAAGGGGAAAACCAUCAUAUUGGCCCAAAUGCAGGUAUUGGAAGAAAUAUGCCCAAGUUAGAGGCCCAGAACUCCUACCCUGCUAGCAAUCCACUUUCCACAAAUCAAAGCGAUUAAACAUUAACAAAUGUUCCAGAUAAGCCCAGGUCUGGGGGUAAUUACAGAAAAGCAAAUUAUGAUACCUUCAGCUCUCCUCUAAGGUGCCAUAACUGACUACAAAACAUCCAGAAAGGUCUUAGCAUUCUUUCAUGGAACCUGGUGGGAUAAUAAGAAGGUGGCUAAGGACUUCAUUUGUAUACUCCAGAAAUUUGAUAUAAUAUGUUUGCAAGAGACUUGGUUACAUGAAUUUAACUCUCCCCCUGCCCCCGACCCACAGGGUUAUAACUCUUUUAACCAGUCAGUUGUUAAGAAAUUUUAAAAGGGCUGAGGAAGUGGGGCCUUGUCUACCUUUACAUCACUUGGGCUUGCAGGGCGCUGUGUGUGCACCCCUUAAAGCAGGGCGGUGCCGGCCGCUUCAGCCAGCCAGGCUCCCCACUGCACAGCCCCACUUAGCUUCAGUGGGUGGGGGUCACUCCGGUGUGUGGGCAGAAUACCUGAAAAUGACUCCAGUAAAUGGCCUUAUUUGAUGCUUUGCAUGCCUGAUAGUAAUCAGCUGCCCAGUGCAAUGUGGACAUCAUGUAUCUCAAUCAUGUUGUUUCCUCGGGGCGCCAUUAAGUGCAAAGUGGAAGAAAACUCUUCUUCCUUGGGUGGUUAUCUUGUCAAGAGUAAUCAACUAAGCACGGGGUUGUGCGGUCACUACUUCGAAGGAAUCUGUUGCUCUCACGCAAGGCAGCAGCUACGGUUUUCUGCCUUAAUUCCCACUUCACACACAUAUAUUGCUUCAUUUUAGAAUGUUUUUGAACUUAAAAUUAAAUUGAGCAGUUUUUAAAAAGACAUUACAAUACCUUCUCUCCACCACAUAUUUACCAUCUUACCUUUUCACAUGGGGAGAACAUUUUAGGAUUUUAAACAUUUUGGGUGACCUUUAUCAAAUUCUCAAAACUUGUGCAACCACACUGUGAAGGAAUUAAAGCGAUUCAGCCAUUUUGUGUUUUGUAAAAUGUGCUUUGUGAUUGUGAAAUGGUUGCUUUCUGCUUUAGUUUCAGUGCUGCUUGAGAAAUUGAAACUUGAGGAAGGAAACAAUCCUAACAAAUUAAGGGAUCCGUACACUUAAACUGAACCUGAUCUGCGAAGAAUUUGGGAGAAGGAAUUGAAAGGUUGCCUAUCAGUAAACUAAACUUGGCAAAUUGAGUUAGAGUUAAAGAACAUGAUCUGAAGCAAGGAGAAGGAAUUUAAAUUAGAAAAACCAGGAUGGAGACCUAAAAUGGACCCAGGCUCUAGAACAGGGGUCACCAGCCCAGUGCCUACUUUAUAUCUGCACAAUAAAAAAAAAAGUCAAUACAUAUUAAGGGGGGUGAGAACAGAUUCUUGACCCCCCCUGAAGGUUCUUCUGCUCACACCCCUUAGAGAAUUUUCUAGUAGAUUGUGCCACAACUCUGUUGUUAUAAGAGCUUUAAACACCAAUUUGGUUGUGCUAUGUUAAGAUAGACUACAUACAUUUUAUAUUUGAUAGGCUAAUCAGAGGCUUCCGAUUAGUGAUUGGCUUCUGCCAUCCAGUAUGCUUUCUCUUCCAGUAAUUUAUGUAAUGACAUGGAAGCUCCUUUGUAUUCUUGCUGGAAUUAAAAAUGCACCUGUCCUCUGCCUCACCUAUUAUUUCUGUACAAGAUUUGCUGUUGUUGCUUGCAAACCACAGCAGAGUUAGGGCGUGCUUGGCAGAGAACAACAGUCUGCAGUACUGCUUUUCUGUUUUGCCUCUAGUGCAUAACUUAAUUAUUUGCACAACAUUGACCUAGAGAUGCUGCAUGUGCUGUGAAAUCUUUAAACUCUGAGCAAUUCAGUCAUUACUCGUGUGCACUCUGAGGGCGUAAUGAAGGAUGUAGAGCAGUCACAACAGCACUCAGCAAUGUGCCCUUCGUUAUGGGGAUUUAGUUCCCAGAAAACCAAGGCUCUGGCUGUAGAGGGAAUAUGUGUCAGAGUGCACUGUCUCUGUUGUUGUCUUAUGCAAUUAGAUUCAUGUAUCCCUAAACGCAUCUCUGUCUAGCAUGCACACACAGCCAAGAAGGAAAAUGGAUUAGCUGGGGGGGGCGGAAUCCAGCCCUUGUAAACUGCCGUGGAAAUUGCUUCUGUUUGUACUGGAGAAAAUCGGGAGCAGUUGUUACACAUGCAGGUAGAAAGAAUCAUCCAAAAUGAUCCAAAAGUUCUUUGUUUUUUUUUAGUGUGCAGUUGGACACAAAAUGUGCAAUUGAAAAAAGAAACUGCAGCUGGACAGCAGUUGGAAAAGUGUGUGUGUGUGUGAGAGAGAGAGAGAGUGAGUGUGUGAGAGAGAGACAGAGAGAGAGAGAGGAAUAGACACAUUAGGCAUACAGUGGUACCUCGGGUUACAGACACUUCGGGUUACGCGUUUUCAGGUUGUGGACCACGGGAAACCUGGAAGUACCGGAAUGGUUACUUCCAGGUUUCACCGCUUGCGCACGCGCAGAAGCACUAAAUCGCGCUUCAUGCAUGUGCAGAAGUGCCAAAUCGCGACAUGUGCAUGUGCAGAUGCAGCGCUGCAGGUUAUGAACGCUGUGGGUUGUGGACGUGCCUCCGUCACAGAUUACCUCCGCAACCCGAGGUUCCACUGUAUAUGGUUAUUAAACACUUAAAUGAUAGCAACAUCAGCAAUGGUAUAACUAUGUAAGACUAGAAGGCACCCAGUUUCCAUACUUAAGACAAGCUGUCCAAACCAUAUUAGCACAUGGAGGGCAGUGCACCAUAUGCAUUUUCUAGAUUGCAGAGAGAGAGCUUCCACACCAGUGCCACCUGCUGCCAGGAAUGUGGGACAGUUAUCUAGAUAUCUUUUGAGCCUGAGCUCCAUUACAACAGAGGAGGCUCUUGGGAAUGUCCUUUCAAGCUAUGCUUCAUGUGAUGGAAAUGAACAUUAAAGCUAUCAGAUAGUCAAAGGGACCAUUCAUUCCUGGAUCACUGAAAAAUGAGGGGAUAGCCCCCUAUUUACAUUAAUUUUUAUACUGCCUUUUAUCCAAAGACCAUAAGGCGGCUUACAGUAUAAAAAACAAGAGUACAUGUCAUAAUAACGAACAAAAACCAUUAUAUAUACACACACAGUUUAAAAGGCCAUAGAUGGUUUAAUCAGCCCCGUGCCCUCCCAGAGAGCUCAGAGCAGCUGACAUUUGGUCCAUCCCAUCUAGGCUGUGCUCAAGCGCACUGAGCGUCAGCAGGAGGCUGCAUGAUGCGACUUCAGAACAUUUCCUAAGCCUAGCCUGGCUCCCAGCAGACAUGCAGUCAAAUGAGAGGAAACUCUCACAUAAGCCAUAAUAAUUGGCAGUCUUAACAGGGUAGCUAAUGGGUCCGGGAGCCUGAGUCCCUUGGAGGUCAAAUUCAGGUCAUGUUUGAAGUGCAGCUGGAUAUGCAAUGCGUAUGGAAGACUGUGCUUCCAUUGCAUGCUCUGUGUUGGUUGUGCAGGAAAACUGUUUAUAGUUGCAGACCCUGAAAGAAGGGAGGUGUGGCGCAUGGUUGCACAGCAAUAAACUAGCAUAGCUAGAAAACAGCAUUUUGGAAACAUGGUUUUCUAGACACUUUCUUUUUAGCAUUUGCAAAAUAAUGUAGAGUGAAGAAUAUGAAUGUAUGAGGCUCUGUAAUUAACUUCAUUGCUCUUUUAUCUUUUCUCUCUCUUCAUCACACAAUAACCAAGAGAGGCUCAUAUAAGAUUGCAUUUGUUGCAGAUAGCUGAAAGCUGCAUCUGGGUCCUUUUUAGAUUAAAAAUGGGGUCAAUCCUGACUGCGAGCCUUUUUUAAUAACACCAGUUGGGGAAUUCAGCUUUCUGUAUCCAUAAUGACAGCAGAUUUUGAAAUGUCUCUAAAGUUGUCUCCUUUGGAUGCAAUGACUUAUUUGUGGGAGUUUGCACAGGGCAUGUUCCAGGUUAGUGGGAGCAAGAUGUAGCUGCCUGAGCAAGGGCGAUACUUAGUGGGAGCUUGAUGACACUCUCUCUUGUGGUUAAAUCCAAAAAUUAACCUAGGGAAUGGGAAAUGCAAAGAUGGACAUACAUUCUGAAAUGCAGUGGAAAUGGUUUGAGCACACAUCCAGCUCCCGUGGUUAUGUAAACACAGCAUUUUUAUCAAUAGACUGAGUACUUGUUUUCUCUAUGUACUCCACACACAAUCUUUACUGUUACUUUAUUUUGCACCUGAAAAGCACUUCUUAAGAAAAUGGUUUCAUUCCAAAGAUAAAAACUCAUUGAUUUUGCUUUGGCCUGCCUGCAGUGUGUCCAUUUGAGAACAAAUGUAGGUGGUCACAGCAGCCCCUGACGGGUUUCUCAAAAACAAAUCAUGCCAGAUGAAUCUGGGCGCAUUGUUGUCCAAAAUCUUUCUAAAUGACUUGGAUGAAGGAAUUGAGGGGAUGCUCAUCAAAUUUGCAGAGGUCACCAAACAGGGAGGGGUAGCUAAUGUCACAGAGGACAGAAUUAAGAUUCAAAAUGACGUUAAAAGAUUGGAGAAAUGGGGACCAUACUAACAGAAUAAAAUUCAGUAGGCACAAAUGUAAGGUUCUACACAUAGGCAGGAAGAAACAGCUGCACAAAUAUAAGAUGGGGCAGACCUGGCUUGCCAGUAGGACAUGUAAAAAGGAUCUAGGGGCCUUCGUGGACCACAAGCUUAACAUGAGUCAGCAGUGUGAUGCAGCGGGGGGGGGGGGGGAGCUACAGUGGUACCUCAGGUUAAGUACUUAAUUCGUUCAGGAGGUCCGUUCUUAACCUGAAACUGUUCUUAACCUGAGGUACCACUUUAGCUAAUGGGGCUUCCCGCUGCCGCCGCGCUGAAGCUGCGCGAUUUCUGUAAUGCUAUUCUAGGCUGCAUCAACAGAAGUAUGGUGUCUCGAUCAAGUUAAGUAAUAGUACCACUCUCUUCUGUCUUGAUCAGACCACAACUGGAAUAUUGUGUCUAAUUCUGGGCACCACAGUUUAAGAAGGAUAUUGACAAGCUGGAAAGUGUGCAGAGGAGGGCAACCAAAAUGAUCAAGGGUCUGGAAACCAAACCUUAUGAGGAACAGUUGAGGGAGUUGGGUAUGUUUAGCCUGGAGAAGAUGAGAUAGAGAAGAGAGAAGAUAGCCAUCUUCAAAUAUCUAAAGGGCUGUCACAUGGCAGAGGGAGGAAGCUUGUUUUCUUUCUGCUCUAGAGCUGCAGUCUACUGAAUCAGACAAUUGCCCAGUAGCCCACUGCUGCUUAUUCUGACUCUCCGAGGCUUCAGGGAGGGGGCUUUCCCAGUCCUGCUACUUGAGAUCCUUUCAACCAGAUAUGUCUGGGACUGAAUUUUUGCUCUAAGCUGUGAGCAAUAGCCCCUCUCAAAUAAAGUAAACAUCUAACUAAACAGAGAUGGGCAGAUCUGUCCAUUUUGGCUUCUCAUUUCUUGUUUGGUUUAGGCAACUGGCUACUGAACACCCGUAACUCACACCCUAUACAGUGGACGCUUGGGUUGUAAACAUGAUCCAUGCGGGAUGCACGUUUGCAACAUGCAGCGUUUGCAACCCGCAGCUGUGCACCUGCGCAUGCGCAGGUUUUGUAUUGGCAAGGCACAAUUUAGCGCUUCUGCACAUGCGUGACCUCCAAAACCCGGAAGUAACCCAUUCCGGUACUUCCAGGUUUCAGUGGUCCGUAACCUGAAAAAACGCAACCUGAAGCGUCUGGAACCAGAGGUAUGACUGUAUAUACCGUAUUUUUCGCCCUAUAGGACGCACUUUUUCUCCUCCAAAAAUGAAGGGGAAAUGUGUGUGCGUCCUAUGGGGCGAAUGCAGGCUUUCGCUGAAGCCUGGAGAGCGAGAGGGGUCGGUGCGCACCGACCCCUCUUGCUCUCCAGGCUUCAGGAAGCUGUCCGCAAGCCGUGGGAGAGCUGCCUGCACCGCGAAGCUCUCCCACCUCUUGCGGAGACCUGCUUUGGAGGCUGGCGAUGGGGAGAAGUGCACUUCUUCCCAUCGCCAGCCCCACUAGCUCGGGGGACAGCGGGGAGACGGAGCGCUGCCAUCCCGCUAUUCCCCGACCUGCUUUGGAGGCUGGCGGUGGGGAAAGCAGCGCUUCUCCCCAUUGCCAGCCCCACAAGCUUGGGGGACAGCAGGGAGGAGGCGCUCUGCAAGAGGUGGGAGAGCUUCGGGGUAGGGCAGUACACAAAUAUAACAAUAACAAUAAAAAUAACAAUAAUAACAACAAUAAUAAUAGCAUCAGUACAGAAGCAAUCUAAAUUCUAUUUUACAGUGGUGCCUUGCAAGACGAAAAGAAUCCGUUCCGCGAGUCUCUUCGUCUUGCGGGUUUUUUUGUCUUGCGAAGCAAGCCCAUUAGCGGUUUAGCGGAUUAGCGCUACAGUAUUAGCGGCUUAGCGGGCUUAGCGGAUCAGCUGAUAAGCGGCUUAGCGAUCAGCUGUUAAGCGGCUUAAAGAUCAGCUGAUAAGCGGCUUAACGAUCAGCUGAUAAGCGGCUUAGCGUUCAGCUGUUAAGCGGCUUAGCCAUCAGCUGAUAAGCGGUUUAGCGGCAUGGGGAAAAGGGGGGAAAAAGGAAAAAAAACCCGCAGGAACUCGCAAGACAUUUUCGUCUUGCGAAGCAAGCACAUAGGAAAUUCGUUUUGCGAAGCACCUCCAAAACGGAAAACCCUUUCGUCUAGCGGGUUUUCCGUCUUGCGAGGCAUUCGUCUUGCGGGGCACCACUGUAUAUUCAUUCAUUCAAUAUAAAUGAUUGGACUUGCAGUCAUGCACUUUGAUCACAGGUGUGAUCCCACAUUCUCACCCCAAAUAUAAGUUUCUAUACCUACCUACCUGCCUACCUAAUUUUUUUUGUAUAUCGCCUAUCUAUAAUUCAAGGCGGCUUACAACGUGAAUAAAAUUACAUUAUUUCAACAUAAAAAUACAAACAACAUAACAUAAGCAGUAGACAUAAACAGUAAAUAAAACAUUAAAAAAUACCCAACUAAAUAGAACCAUUUCUAUGCAAUUCACAAGAUCAAAAACAAAAAAAACAAAAAAAAACAGCAACAAUACCCACCCAUCCCCAACCAACCCCCCAACCAGCCCCCCAGCCCAAGAGUCUGUUCAGCAGCCUCAGCUUUUGUAGCUGAAGUCAGUCAGGUUCCCGCCCUCCCCGGCCAGGUGUGAAAAGGCCUGCAAUGCAGGGGGCAGCUCUUCUGGGACUCACAUCUAAGUUCUGCAGCAAAUACAAUUUGCAAUCUGCUGUGAAAAGUAAAAAUGUUCUCCUUUCUCCAGGAGAAAAGCUUGCACUCCAGAAUUACAGGACUAGGUAAUAAUCAUGGUCUGCAACACAGGGUGGGGGGUGGGGCGGGGAAUCUACCAAAGGCUUCUUCCUCUGAUAUCUGCAGACGCCUCUCCAUUCUUUUUUAGAAGUCUGGUAUUAUGCUCCUUCCCCAAAGGCUGCAAGGACCUACACUAUUCCCCUGCAUAACUGCAUCUGGCACUUGACCUGAAUAUGUUUCUCCCGAUUAGGCAAUGACAUUCUCAUCUGGAAGCUCCAUUUGUACGUGGCAGACUGUUAUUUCGGUACAGCGGCCAUUCUCCAGCUAUUCUGGAAAACACUGUCUGGAAUUGCUGUGUGUGUGCUCUAUAUAGCUUAAACCUCUGGAGAUUUCAACAGCUGAAGUGAUAUGAAGCCUUUCACCUCUAAAUCACUGGCCUGAAUACAGCAUAAUCCUGUGAUCGCCUCCUGCCUCCUGGACAAUGCAUGUGAAAGGAGGUUGAUAGGGCUGUGCCAGUUUCUGAUAUGAGACGGAGCCAAGUCUCCAUGUCACAAAUAAGCACUGUAAUAGGAAAGGAGUGGCCGGCUCUCCUCUUAGCAUUCUUGGUAGGGAACCCAUGAUCUCUGCAGGAAAACUAUAGGGUGACUGUCCCAGAUUCCUAUAGCAGACCUUUGCUCGCAUAACAUAGGGAUGUUUUUGCAUGCUUGGGGAGUAUUUGGGGGAUAUAACAAUGGCCUGCCCCAGUCCUCCAUAUUCAUAGAGAAGAUGUCCUGGGGACUUCCUUGUGCUUAUAUUAUUUAUUCAAUUAUUGUAAAAAAAGUUUAUACCCUGGCCAUCUGGCUGGGUUGCCCCAGAGGUUUGGAGAAACUCCUAGAACACUUUGUAAAUCCUUGCACUGAUGGGCCACAGUAGAUGGAUACUGCUCUUUGGACCUUUACAUAUUGACCGGAGGGAUGCAGAGAUUAUAACUUCUUUGUAGUCUAAAGAAGAGCCCACAUGGUGCGUGUCCCUGCCCCACCAACCACUUUAGCCUUUACAUAUUCAGGUGAAUGUCUAAAGGGGAGUAGAAAUUUUAAGUGGGGUGGAAGUGAUUUGCACCCACAUUCGCUGUCCUGAAAAGAACUGCCUUGGAAUGCAGUGAAUGUGUGUUGAAAACCACUUCUGCCACACUUCAGAAUAUUGCUACACUGUAAGUGAUUUUAGUUGCUAUCAGGUACCUUUAAUGCACCAUACAGGACACAUGCAGCAAAAUCAGUAUGCUCCUUGUCAUGAAAAUGCAAUGCUUUUCCAACAAAUUAGCCUGUGGAAUAACAAAUUAGGUAGCCAGAGGACCUAUUGAUUUUUUUAAAAAAUACAGAAAAUCCAAAUUAAAACAUGCAAUCAGUCCCCCCAAAUCAUUUCUGAUCUACAUACAUAUGAUCUGUAUAUUUAACAACAACAACAAUAUUUUUAUUAUUUUUACCCCGCCCAUCUGACUGGGUUGCCAGUCACUCUGGGCAGCUUCCAACAUAUAUAAAAAUCAUAAUAAAACAUGAAACAUCAAAAAAGUUCCUAUGCAGGGCUGCCUUAAGAUGUCUUCUAAAGGUUGUACAGUGGUACCUUGGUUCUCAAACGUAAUCUGUUCUGGAAGUCCGUUCAACUUCCAAAAACCAGAACACUUACUUCCGGGUUUUCAACAUUCAGGAGCUGAAAUGUUCGAGUACCAAGGCGUUCGAAAACCAAGGUUCCACUGUAUAGUUAACUUGGUGGUCUCAUCUUAUGCCAGAGUCUCUUUCAUUAUCAGAAGUUUUUGAUAGUGUUACAAGCUUGGUGAAUCAGGGGGAUGCUGUGGAUGUGGUUUAUCUUGAUUUCAGUCAGGCUUUUGACAAAGUCUCCUCUGCUCAGGAGGUUUGCUUUAUGGAUGCUUAAGUUGAGAUUCCUGCAUUGCAGGGGGUUGGACUAGAUGACCCUUGGGAUCCCUUCCAGCUCUACGAUAAAAAGCAUUAUUUCCCUAUUCAACAGACAAUUUUGAAAAAGCUUUAACUUGCAGUUGACCUCUUCCUUCAGCUAUCACAAUUGGCUCAUUUCUCUUUAUAUAAGCAGACAUUAGUAGUGCUGCUACAUCUGUCUACAUACAUAACUAUCACAUGUGCCUAGUCAUUUAACACAUAGGUUCCUUAAACACCCGUUAGCUAUAUUCUCUCUGGGUAUGAAGUGGAUCCAUCUACUAUCACUGUAUUUCUUGCACGUUUCAAAGCCGUUACUGAAAUUUCAGUUGCUGAUUAUGUAUGAUUUCAAAUGAAGUGCUCACUAUCCUUUAUGUCAGCAGGAAGUGAUAUAAAUAGAUAUCCAUUCACUUAAUAGGCGGUGGCGGCUCUACGUGUGUUUAUGCUGAGAAUCUGAAGCCAUGGGUUACCUUAUUACUCUUGGGACAUGCCUGGGGAUUCAGUGCCCAUGUUCUCAGAGUCCCUUCAUUUAUUGCAGAUCUCCCUAAGCAGGUUGUGCAAAUGUUUAGGCCUAGCUGAGAUCCAGCCACCUGUAAAUUGAAGCACUGCAAAAACACUGUGCAAAUGGUUAACGUUCUAAAAUCCAGAAAUAUAAUGUCAAAAUAGGUAUAGAUGGUGUAUUAGUAAGCAGGAGUUCGUUUAGAAACAAAAACUUAAUAAAAUAAUAUGCCCUGAGACCUUUGGAUUAAAGACAGAAUGAAUGAAUGAAUGAAUUCCUGUGCAUUUCUAAGCUAAAACACAGGCAGAUUAGGCUGAAUUGACACAACUGAAGCUAAACAUGUUUAGAGGAGCAGAAUUUUUACCAUACGUUUUCCUAGGUCUUCUGAUAAGUUCAAGCACACAGGCAUUUAGCCAUCCUAGAUGAAGACAAAAUGCUUUGCCACUAACUACAGUUUAGCAGAGAAAAUCAAUGGUGGAGGGCGGGUCUGUUAUGAGAGAGGAGGCGAGACUCCCUUGGGAAAUGUGCCAAUCCAGAAAGCUUCCCUUUAAGUGGAUUGGUUUAUGUCUCUUUUCUUAGGAACAUGUAGGGGCUUGACCAAUGGAGUAUAAACACUUUUAAAAUCUUGGAUUAAAAUCAAUCACCCAGCUGAAAUUGACAAGAACUGAAACUGAAAACAUGUUUCCUGAAAACAUAGGGCCACUUCCUUCAUAAUCAGAAAGGAAAUACCCCAGAAAGGAAGCUGCAGAGCAUUGGCUGAGAUGAUCGUUAUUGUGGUGUGAUUUCAAAAUCAAUUUUGGCCAACAUAUUGAAAAAUCACACAGUGCUAAAACAGACCAUAAAAAAUGUGAUAUUACCAUGCAAAAACGACAAAAAAUUAGUUGGAGGGGAGGCAAGGGAUGGGGCCGCAGGCCCCCUGAGUGCGUUCCACAGACCCCCAGGGGUCCCUGGACCCCUAAUUGGGAACCACUGCCCAAUGUAUUUUAUCUAGGAAGAGAUAUCUCUGAAUGUGAAAAAUCAACUGUAUUAAGAGGUCUUUGAAGCAGAGGUGAUGACAGUUUACAGGAAGGACAUAAAUUUAUGUGUUUUCCCUAACAAAGGACCCCCAUUAUAAAGAGGCUUCAUUUGCAGUUAAAUCAGCCUCUUGAAAAACCUCAAGGACAUUGCCUUGGUUUAGCAAACAACAUAUAUAGCUCUGCUCUAGCUGUGUAGAGGAAAGGCACAAGCUUUGGACAUCGUAAUUUAUGAAAUUGAUAUAAUAAGGAAUGUGUGAAAUAUAUAUACAUUUGUUUAGUUGAGGGGUAGCAAUGUGGUGUCUUCCUAAUGUUCCUCGUUUCCAACUCCCAGCAGUCCCAGCCAGCAUGCCCAGUGGUCAGGGAUGAUGGGGGCUGGAGAUGCAACACCUGGAGUACCCUGCUUUGGCCAUCCUUGGUCUACUUCUCACUGUACUAGAAAGUAUUGCAAGAAAAAUUAAAAACGAAUUACUCCCUCCCUCUGGUAGCUUAAGCUCCAUCGGGGGUGUGUGUGUGUGUGUGUGUGUGUGUGUGAAUGCAUCUGUCACAAGAAAGUAGCAUUAAGCAACAUGCAUAUUGUAGUAGGUUGUAAUUUUGCUGCAUUUCCUCCCUGUCAAGCUGAGAACACUGACAUCUUGCCCCCACAUGGCAAAGCUAAAAGCUUUUGUAGUUUGAGAGGUGAUGACUUUCAAAGAACCUUUCUCCAAUUACAGUUGUAAAAUUGUGAUAUAUUAGAUGCCCAAGUGUACUGAAACAUCUUUGUUUUCAAAAGGCUCCAUCAGACCUAGACCUGGUUUUGACUCACUUUUCCCCCUUGAAAUGAAAAUUGUAAUACAUAGCAUUUAUAUAGUGCUUUCAGGAAUUUAAAACACGUAAUUGAUCUCGUUGCAAUCCUUACAACAACCAUAUAAGGUAGGCAAGUAAUUUCCUUAUACUGAGAAGUUGAGCUGAAAAGGUGAGUAGUUUGGAGGAGACCACCUCAUGAUUUCAUGGUAAAUUCAAACCAGGAACUUCCUGGCCUAUACUACAGUCUCUUAGCCACUAUGCUGACACCAGCUCACCUAUCCUUUUUGCUCAAAAUACUAUGUAAAGCACCGUAUAUAUUGAUGGUUUGGGGACCCAACAAUGUUGCCAGAUUAUCAGUUUGGAAUCCUCAACUCCAGAUCCCUGGACUUUGCCCAUAAAUCCCAUUUUUGUGAUGGUGGCACAGAGCACAAUGAGGCUCUUUCCCAAGGAAGUGUGCUUAGAAUUGUCAUCUUCACUUGGUCUUGUUUCCAAUGGAGAUUUAUGUGUCAGUGGUGCAAUUGAAGGCAACUGAGCCAUCUCCAGCUACGGUUUGCAGUUUUGGACGACCAGCUUUGUAAACAUUGCCCCCCUCCCAAAUGCACACCCUCUCCUUUUUCUGUAUUUUCUUUCAUGCACAAACAAAAAUAACUUACAAAGAAAAAAUAAUGUAAAAAUAAUGAUUGCAGUUUCUGCUAAUAACAAUUGCAAAGAAACUUUCUGUGUUUCAGAACACAUGCAAUUCUGCCUUGGGGCAGAAUUUUAAAGCAAACUCAGCAAAGAAGCAUGGGAACAACACUGCUGGUCUCCAGAAACAUGCUACCUCUGAAUCUGGAACAUCUGUUUUGGAAUCAUGCAGCCAAUAGGUGUUGAAUAACUACUGAAAGCUACACAAUCCUUUCAAAAGUCCUCCAGCCCAACAGCUUGAUCACCACACAUGUACUAGUGAAUUUCAUAACUUAUGUCUUAAAUUCACUGCUGUGCUACAGUUCAACCUUGAACAUGUUCCAAAAGUAGGCUUUUGAAACUUGCUCUGAAUUCACAAUGGCGCAAUGCCCCAAAAUCUGAAAUGAUGCUGAUGCCCUGCCUGGAUUAUGGGAAACUGUACAAUAGGGGCAGGAGUAUGUGAUGCACUUAGGAGGCCAUUCAGGAAACUCACAAUGAUAUGAUGCCACCCCAAUUGCCACCGUAGAAGAAAAGCAGGACACAAAUGUAAUAAGUCAGUAAGCCCAGCCCAAUGCCACCAGUCGUAAAGCAAGAUUAUUCUAUUCUCCCCACCACCACCUUAUUGGCCAUACAUAUAUCUUGUUCAAGAGGAGUGUUCUUGUAAUUCAGUGCUGAUCAAUCAUAGGAUUAGUACCACGGUGAUACAUGUGCUUCUUGCCUACUUUGAGCCCAGGACUCUUUAUUCCAGUGAUGAGAAGAAGCCUGUUCUAUACACAAAUCCUCAUUUGCUUGGAAAGUUGAGGUGAUUUUAAUCUCUUUUAGUAUUUUAACUUUUCUAUGUUUCAAAGCAUGGCUGUAAUUUUUUCUUGAUUUUAUCGUUUUAUUUUUUUGUAAAUGGUUGUUGUUUUUUUACAAUCGUGUGGUGUAUAAAUUUUACGACAUAAAUAAAUGAAUUUGUGGGGUGACAAAACAGACCUAAGGCUCAGUUUAACUGUCUCAGGGUUUUACCAUGUUCUGAACCCGCUACAGUCUUGUAUUGACCCCUUGAUUGCAUUAACAAAUCAGAGACCGAGUAGAGAUAAAGGAUUAUUACCUUAGGAUAGCAGAUUAUGAAAAAGAAUUAAGCUCUUAGAGUAAUUGGAGAGAAAGCUGUAUAAUGUUCUAAGAGCCAGUCAUUGCCUAUGAGUAUAAAUGGGAUUUCAAUGGAAUCUUUCUAGUUGUGUGUUUCUAAAGCUGAAUGAAAAGUCUCUUCUCCUCGCACCCCACUCCCCCCAAAUUUCCCGCCUAUUCAUAGGUAGUGAGUUGCAGGACAAUAUAUUCUGAAUAUUUUUUUAAAGGGGGGGGCAGGCUAGGUAGCACCAGCUGCAGCUUCUCCCCCCCCCUUCUACAUUUCAUGUUUCUCUCACCCUCUUCCCAUUGCCUCCUUGAUAUAAUUGUUCAUAAGUUGGUGAUACUUUAUGAAGAUUGUGGAGGGGAAUGAAGUCACAAUAUGGCAUCUUUUUGUGGCGGCAUGCGGGGGGGGGGCAGAAUGAAAUCUCUCCCAGCAUGUGGCAGACCUCUUAUGGUUAUGCUGACCUCCACAACCUCUUAUGGCUAUGAUAAUAAAUAACAUUUGAAACUGCUGCCACAGCUACCUAGUAUACCCCCUUUGAAAAUUGAGGACACUUUUGCCCCCCCCCAACACCUCUGUCUAUACAUACAAAACUGAAUUUUUGUCUCUCUCCACACAAUUUUGAGCAGAAAGCUAACAAUGGAUAAUGUUGACUUAGCCCACCAAGUUUGAAAGAGCUGGGGAGGGAGAAUAAUAUGGUAUGUCUCCAUCAGGCUCAUCAGUUAGCAUUAGCAUCUCCCCAUCCCAUCUAAUUAAUACUCUCCCCCCACCUUAUUAAGCUGAAUCGGUCUCCUACUGGCUUUGUUUGUAGUGCAUUCAUAAAAGCAAUAAUAACAGGAUGAGAUUUUAACAGAAGGUGAUAGAAAAUGGCUGAUGUAACAUGAGUCACAUAUUGUGGGAAGCAUCCAGUUCUGGCACUUUGCCAAAGUAAUCCCAGAUUUCACAGGGAAAAUGCAGAUUUCUCUCCUGCAGAGGAGCAUUCAGUUGUGUGAGCAGCCACUUGUAGCCUGAAAUAUUGUAGCUGAGGCUCAGCCUCUCCACCUCAUCUCCCUGUUGCAAGAGUCAAGGAGAGGAGAGUAUGAGAGCAGGCUCAUUUGCUCAUUCCUUUUUCUGCUCCAUUCAAGUGUAAAUGGAGCUGGUAGGGGGCCUAAUUCCAACAUUAAAUAUUGUACUUGGGUGUAAGAAGGUGACCCCACCAUCCCGCCAUAUCUCUAGUGCUUUGUAGCUUCAGUCAUGUCCUCUACCACACAAGCACACACACACACACACACACACACACACACACACACACACACAGAACAAUUCACUACUGGUAUCUGAACUGAGGCUGCGUACACACCCUCUAUUUAAAGUACACCUUUCUCUCACAAAGAAAGAAUCCUGGAAAUGGUGUUUUGUUAAGAGUGCUGGGAAUUGUAGCUCUCUUAGCCGUAAACCAUAGUUCCCACGAUCCUUUUUUUGGUGGGGAGGGUGCUUUAAAUGUAUGGUCUGUAUGUAGCCUGUGCUGAGAGUAAAGUUCAUUUUACAGAAGCAGCCUGACACCCUCGACUUUAUACAACAGUGGGGCAGAAAUGUGAAGAAUAAAUCUGGCUGCCUCCUGUCACAUCAAACUUAGCCCAAGAACUAGGUCUAAAUCUCCCCUUGACUGAGGAAUUGCCAUGUGGAGCUGGACUGUACACAUUGUGAAAGAAAGAAAGAAAGAAAGAAAGAAAGACAGGCACAGCAGUACAAUAGCACAAUGGAUCAAAGCAAUGGUUUUGCAGAAUGCCUAGCUGAACCUAGAGCACCCUACCUAGAAGCCAUCGUUUUCAUUAGCAAACAUUAAUUAGGACAUGGCUUCAGUGCCCUAUGGGAUGGAAAAGUCACUCUGAUGAGACAAAAAGUCAAUAGAAGAGGUUUUGGGCAGGAGAUCAUAAACAGUGUGUGUGAGAGAGAGACACAAAGAGAGAGGUUGAUGUGUGAUAAACAGGACAGGGUCAGAAAAAUAGAAAUGGGUGGGGGGGAUGACUAGGAAUCAAGGAACAUGGAGAAGUGAAUGCUAAAAUUUAAUUCAACAGGGGGGAAAUAAAUGAAGGAAAAUAAAUUGAGAGAACCAAGAAGAGAAAAUGAGCAUCUCUUGAAAUUCUGAAAGUACAGUAGCUUUAAAGAUGUGAACUGUUCAUUCAAGCAGAGAAAAACCCAUAUAAAUUAUAUGGCAGGGAAUGAAAAAAACCCAGUGGUUUAGGUACAAGGAAAGGAACCAAGGAAGAUUUAAAUAAUUUUUAAGUGAAAUAAUGAAAAUGUGAUUCUGAAAUGGGGUUUAGAAAACUUUUAUUGAUGUGCGCAUAUAUUGUUAUUGUGCUAUGAGGCAAGUGCACCCAGACCACGGAUGCACAAUAGUGUCUUGGCUAUACAACACACCAAUAGAUUUAACUUUACUUUUGUAAGGGGGAAUAAAUGGGCAAAGACUCUGAAAGUGAGAGCAACAGAUGGGCCAGCUUCCCCAAGGAGCCUCUCAAUUGUUCACUGCCAUUCCAACUCCCUUAGGAGCAGAGGAAUACAAUGCCUGCUUAAUAUUGCACGCUAACUGUACUAUGGCAGACGCAACCAGAGCAGGAAGAAAAGGGCAUAGUCUUUUCUCCAGUAGGUGAAGGAAGCAGUGAAGCCCUCACACUUUCCCCUGGAAUAAAUCCUCUUGGUGGUAUUUAGAUUCAGUUCACACAACACAUUUCACAUUGCGAGGGAACAGUCCCACUUUCCCCAGACAUACAUUCAUGCAAACAGCCCAAGCAGCUGAUCACAGAUUCAGUAGUUAGCAAUUCCCAUGAUUUCAACAAUGGUUUUCCAGUUGCUGCAACCAUGGAUAUUGCUGCUAGCUGUAUCUGUGAUCUGAUCCUCAGAUACCUGGUACCCUGGAAGCAAUAAUUUUCCGCACUGUGCCUUCCCAUCCCUAUGGCAGCCAGCUCCUUAGCAUUUAAAAAAAGGGGGAAGGGCCAUAGUUAAACUCCAGAACCUUCCUCAUCUCUCAGAAUGGCUUGGAGGGCUUUUACAUGGUGGUAGUACUCUUGUUGGACACGGGUAGCACUGUGGGUUAAACCACAGAGCCUAGGACUUGCUGAUCAAAAGGUCAGCGGUUCGAAUCCCCGCGACGGGGUGAGCUCCCAUUGCUCGGUCACUGCUCCUGCCAACCUAGCAGUUCAAAAGCACGUCAAAGUGUAAGCAGAUAAAAAGGUACCACUCCAGCGGGAAGGUAAACAGUGUUUCCGUGCGCUGCUCUGGUUCGCCAGAAGUGGCUUAGUCAGGCUGGCCACAUGACCUGGAAGCUGUACGCCGGCUCCCUCGGCCAGUAAAGCAAGAUGAGCACCACAACGCCAGAGUCGCCCACGACUGGACCUAAUGGUCAGGGGUCCCUUUACCUUUACCUUUAGUACUCUUGUUGCAACCCACCUUGGAUCAGGCUGCAACCCAUUUGUGGGUCCCGCGCCCAGUCGAAGACCAAGGCUGUAGAUUAAAUUAGUGCUUAAGAGACAGCUACAGGGGCAGCUUCAAAAGUUGGCAACGCUACAGGGAACGCUGCCAAGUUACAUUUCCUCCAGGCAUUAUGCUUCUAAACAUAAUAGAACAUACUGCACAUUUCUUUACUAGGGUUGCUGUACCAUUCCUUACUUAAUUUUUUUUGAUAUGACAGCUCUGUGCUUGUGACGAACGUCAGCUCCAUUGAAAGAUCUCUGCUCCCACAUGGGGAAGGGUUGCUUAAUCUUUAACCUUGACAAAUCUGGGGUCCAUCAUUAGCACACACAUAAGCAAGGGACCAACUCAUCAUCGUCAUCUCCACCAGUAUUUUACUCUGUGUUUGGUGGUAUUGAUGCUGGUAUGACUCACUCAUUCAAAAGGUGGCAAGGUCACUGCACCUUUACUAGGUAUGUAGAUGAGGGAAUUUAAGCAUAUGGUGCUUGUCAUGGAAAAGGAAUGCAGGACCAUUCCAUUGAGAUCGGCAGCUUCUGCCCCCUCAUCUCCUUGACCUGCUUCUGCCCUAGCAGCUUAUUAGAACUUGUUGCUAAGAAUUGGUAACUGAGUCUGUUUAUAUCCUCCUCCCUCCCAGUCCAGUUUCCUUUUGUGCUGGGUAUUUUUUAUUAUAAGCCCGAGAGCAGGGACUGUCUUGUUUGUACUGAUUUGUAAAUUGCUCCAGAAGCCUUUCUUUUGGGUGAAGACCAGAAUAAAACAUUGUUUAUAUAAAGUUCAUCAUGCCCAGUGACCCAUUUGAGUUAACACUGGAAAUACCCUACACACUAUUUAUACAGUAAUUUGAUUACACUUUAGUUUGGAUAAAAAGAAGAUACCAAGGAUUCUGAAAUGCAUUAAUGUAUGUGUGCAUAUUUAUGUAAAUAAAUACAUUUAAUUCUUUUGGUCAAAGGCCAUGGCAAACACAUACCGCAACACAUCAAUCCAGGAAUACAAAAUAAUAAAAUUUGUGGCCCUGCAUCACAGUGCGUAAUUAUAGGACUGAUUGAUCUAACACUAAAGUGUCCUAAAGUAGGCCAUCACUAAGUGUAAAAUAAAAUAAAGAUCUAUAUUUAUUUGUAUUUGUUUGUAGGGAUUCCUGUGUUCAGACUGGCCCCUUUAAAAGCAUUCUGACCUACAGCAAUAAACAAGUGACAAUAUUUUGCUCCAUACUUUGAAAGCUUCAUAAUAUGCAAGUAGGACAGUUCCCCUCUGCCCCCUGGCCUGUGAGUUUGUACUAUUUCUAAUGUACUGUGGGUUUCUAGGAUAUAAAAAAUAUACCUUACAUUUUAGAGAUUGAUGACAGUAGGAGUUUGGGAUUGCAGAGACUUGACUGCUAGUUCAGAGCUUCCUAUUCUGUUUUGUGUUUUAGAAGAUAUUUCACAUUGCAUGUUACAGUCAGCAUAGUCUAUGUCUUACCAUGAAUGAUGUCAGGAGUGAGCCGGCAGUAAAUUGCACUGUGCAAGUUGGAGUUAACUCUUUAUUAGCAAGAUCACAAUCUGCACAGACUUGGCAGAGUAUCAGUCCUAAUGAGCACGUCAUCUCAUCUCUGGUGGGUCUUGUCCCAUGGAUCAGUUGCCAAGACUGAAAUUUCCUGCCUCCCCACAGCCAUCUAAAGCCCCUUCUCUCCAGGGCUUUCCCCAGGCAACCAGAGACUUCGCCUGUGUGUAGCCAACCUCUCCUAUGCCCUUUUCAUGCCUCUUCUGGUUCUGGGAAACCAGGAGGUUGGAGAGGAGCCUGUGCCAGCAGGAUGAUGGGGAACAGCUGUGACUCAUCUCUGCCUCUUGGCCUCUCUCCUCCCCUACUUAAGCUUCUGCCUCUGAUUCUGGACUUCUCUCUGCCACAGACUCUCCGAGCUCACUAAGCCCUGUUACCACUUCUCCCCAGUGUUUUCCUUCUUCUCCCUCUGACCACUCACCAUUGUCCCACCACCACUCCCAGGCUCUGAGCCUUCUUCCCUUGGUGGUUCCCCAGCUGGUUUAUCCCACCAUUACUCUGCAUCCAGCUAGUUCAUGACAUCUGAGCAGCAUCCUAGUGCACAUUGCUGAAUCACUUGCAUUUCACUGUGUCCGCUUGAGAGCAGGAAACAAUGAACCUUGGCUUAGCGUCAGGGUCUGUUUCUCUCCAAACAAACCACAAGUGGAAUUCAUUUACUGCCCAAGCUUUUCUUGGGAGAAACACCACAAGUGCUGGUUCAUAGGUCACACUAAACCAGGGACUCAGCUAUACAGCUGCAAAUAAAACAUUUUAAGUGUGUUGUAAAGUUCAUUAUACAAAUGUGCGAUGGUGAUGGUGAGCUACUGCAAAUUCUAUAUAUUUUUCAAAACUUUUUUUUUAAAGCAUUUUCACAGCGUUUUUUUAUAUAUGUCUAGAUUUCAUCCAGGGCUUGUCAAUUAUUGCUCCUUGCUCCAUGCAGGGCAGAAGGGGGGGGCGGGGUAUGAGAAGCAGCAAUUCAGCAGCAGGCACCAUAAGUUUAUUUUUUUUUUUUAUUACCCUCAAUAAUAGCCAAAUUAUAACAAUAACAAUUAAUUCCCAAAUUAUACAAAGUGCCAAUCAACUUCCAAUUAAUACGUUUUAGUUAAAGUGGCUCCCCGCAUGGCGGUUUGGGUGCAUUUCCGAUCUUAUAUCACUGCGUUCCAUAAUCUUAAGUAAUUUCAGUUAUAAUAAUAAUCCCUUAGUGAACAGCUACAUAAUCAAUGAUUUCCAUUUGUGAUGUUAGAAUAUAUAAAUUUAUAAAGCUUCAAGUGAGGAACUCAAACUAUUAUCUUUAUUCUGCCCUGUGUGUGAAAACUGUUAUAUCCAUGGAGAUUCCUUCUGUCCAUAUUUGUCUCUGUUGUUUUCUCCCAUCGUAGCUUGGGGCAGAACUGAAUCUUGAAGUUUCUCAGAGGUCUUUUCUCUUUGUCCCUUGCUUUGAUGUCUUGGAACAGGCGACAGUCUGCUAGAAACCAUGGCGGAUCUUCACUAUUUUUCUCUCAGCCUAGGAAAAGCUGGGCAGUUUUUGAACGCACUGAAGAUUUAAUACUCCUUUGCAACUCUCAGAAUCUCUGCAGCGUUCUUAUCUCAGCCCCCAAAUUCUUUUCCUUCCAGCAAGAGAUUUAUGGCCCAGUUAAACUUUAUCUUAGAUUACAUUUCAUCAGUAACACAUACAAAUCUCAGUCUCUUUUUCCUUGUCUGUUGUUUUUAAACAGAGGUGAGGGGAAUUAUUCUUUCUUUCCAACACAGUCAUACUUGAACUUCCCCUCCUCCUCCUUUCUUCAUUUCAGAUCACACACAGUUUCCAUUCUUUGCUUGUUAAUAUCAGUAUUACUCCAACGUCGCUUCCUCACUUGUAAAUAUCUAUUUAUCUUAUAUUCUGGAGAGGAAUGCCAAAUCAUAAAUAUAUAAAAGAAGCUUUAUAUAUAAAUAUAUAUAAACCAUGGGCUUCCCAACCGACUCUCACUCCGAAAAAAAUCUUAUCUCAAUUCAAACCUUUGAUCCGUGUAGCUGGUAUAUUUGGCAGUAUGUUUUUGCAACCCUUUCCCAUCAUGCGCCAGUUCUUUAAAUCCAAUUAAAGAUCCAGUUAUACGGAGAACCUCUGCCUCUUAAUGGUGGCCUAAGAGGGUUUUCACCAGGCGAAGUGCUUUUGCACUCAACGCCUCUGUGCCUCCCACAUUCCAUGCCAGAGUGAGAGCCAGGUACCCAGAUGAACUGCGAGAGAAGACCAUUCCCCCCGUACCUGGUGGUAAUUGCAAGGAUGAUUUCCCCUAUGUCAUCCUUGUUUUUUGUUUGCCAAUGAUCCCCUGCUGUCAUGGGGUCUGUCUCCAUUAAGGCUGGCAGGACCAGAAGCCCCAAGCCAGAAUUUUAUGCUACCAUGGUGAAGGAGCUGUUAUUGUCAGAUCCUUGGUAGGCUGAAAAACCUCUUUUAUACCAAAGUCUGGAGGACAGAAACAUGGCCUUUUGGAGAGGGAGUAUCUUUUAAAGGCUAUCCCACUGGCUGUGCCACGGAAUAGUGCCUGUGGUUUCUCCUGUUGCAGGAUCAAAGGUUAGGAACAUAGGAAGCUGACUUAUAUAGAUAGAGUCAAAUGACUGGUCCAUCUAGUUCAGUAUUCCCUACUUAGGAGUGGUGUCUCCUUUCUAUGGUUGCAGACUCAAGGCUUUUUUCCAAGCCUUGCAGAGAUAACAGGGAAUGAACUGAGGAACUUUUGCAUGCAAAGCAUGUACUCUACCAUGGAGCAAGUGCAGGUGACAACUGGGCUGGGCAAAGAGUUCCAUUGUUUAGCUAUGUUAAAAAGGUAAUGGGACCCCUGACCGUUAGGUCCAGUCGUGGCCGUGGCCGACUCUGGGGUUGCAAGGGAGCCGGUGUACAGCUUCUGGGUCAUGUGGCCAGCAUGACUAAGCCGCUUCUGGCGAAUCAGAGCAGUGCACGCCGUUUACCUUCCUGCCGGAGCAGUACUUUAUUUAUCUACUUGCACUUUGAUGUGCUUUCGCUUAGUGGUUUAAUAAGUUAUGAUUAAGUGACAAGUGGGGUGCCACAGGGUUGAAUGGUCAUCUGUCAGGGAUGCUUUAGUUGAGAUUCCUGCAUUGCAGGGGUUUGGACUAGAGGAUCAUUGGGAUCCCUUCCAAUUCUACAAUUCUAUGAUUUUAUAAUUCUAUAAUACAUUGGAACUUCGUGUUACGGACAGGAUCCGUUCCGGAGGCCUGUCCGUAACAUGGAACUGAUGCAGGCCGAAGCGCCGCGUCUGUGCAUGCAUGCGGCACGAUUUAGCGCUUCUGUGCAUGCAUGAAGCACAAUUUAGCACUUCUGUGCAUGCACGAGUGGCGAAACCCAGAAGUAACCCAUUCUGGUACUUCCGGGUUGCCGUGGGAUGCAACACGAAAACACGUAACCUGAAGCAGACGCAACAUGAGGUGUGACUGUAUGGCAUUGAAAUAGUCAAAUUCUUACUUACCUUAUUGCAAUGAUUAUAUAACACGUUUUGCCAUAGUCUGUUAGUCUGUUGCAACCUAUAAUGCUUCGGCAAUUUAAAGACUAAUUAUUUCAUUAUGGCAUAAACAUUGUCAGUUUCAUGAAGUGUUAUCUUCAGUUAUAGCUAUAUAAUAUGGAUUGGAGUGUGCAUAGGGAUUUAUAAGCACUAAGGUCAGAGUGAAAUGCAAUGCAGAAAGUACAGAGAAAGUGAGAAUUACCUAACACUGACAAAUUUACAAGACAGUUGUUGAUACCACAGACUUCCUGGCACUGGUAGGACAAUUAAUACAAGUAGUGUGAUAAGAAUUGUUGCCCAAUUCAGUCAACAGUUGAGAGCAUGAAACUCAAGAUGAACAGUCAUUCAGCAGCUGCACCUCUCAGUUUAGGCUGCAAUAGUAGAACAUGUUUAUUUGGGAAUAAACCCCAUUGAAUGCGAAAGACUUCUGAAGAGGCAUGUAUAGGUGUGUGCAGCCAGUGCAUUAAAAAUGAAGCAUCACUUGCGAGCAGCACAGGAGAAAUUGUGUUUCACUUUGCCUGUUGCACAUCUCUAUCAAGUGAAUAACAUAAAUGAAGCUUUGCCUUUUUUGUGUUUGUUAGAUCGCUGCUUAACAUUAUGAGUUGGCUUAUUCUGAGAGACAGUAGUUAACAAGGUAGAAUGUGGAUUUCCACCCUCUAUAUCUUCUUUUGCUGGCAGUUCUAAUAUUGUUAUUUUCCUUGGCUACUAUAACAACAAAAUAUUGCAUGGAUAUUUUAAUCCAAAAUAGGUUUAGGGAAAAUCAGUGCAUUCAGAAUAUUUGGAGACAGAAUAUUUCCCUCCCUCUCUUGCACACACAGUUUUCUCUCAGCAAGCAAAUAGUGUUUGCUCUCUGUGAGCUGUUCCAGAAUUAGUCGGCAGAAUGUAGGACUCCUCUGUAGCAGGAAAUAUUCAUCAUGCCAGCCAGAGGGAAAAGCAGCAGCCUGCUUAGCACAAACAAAAAAAGCAGAGAAAGGGGUUCUCUCUCUGCAAUUCCCUGCCAGCUUCCAUCCCACUCUGUGUUCUAAAGAAUUUCAUCACUAAAUAGUAAUGUUAAUUUACACUGACCCUUAGGAUAAAUGAUUGAGCCUGUCCUAAAUUUAGAGAGGGUAUUUAUUCAUAGUGUGAAUUACAUUUAAUGCACAUGACUUCCCCCCAAAAAUCAUAGGAAUGAUAGUUUAUUAAGGAUGAUGGGGACUAUAGCUCUGUGAGGGGUGAACUAUAGUUCCUAGGAUUCUCUGGCGAGGUUAUGUGCUUUAAAUGUAUGGUGUGCAUGCAGCCUUAAAAAAAAAAAGUGCAACCAGCAAUAUUUCCUUUUAGAUGUAAUGGCAGUAGUUUGGGUUAAGGCUUUUAUCUGAAUGACCUUUCAGAUGCACUAGAUGUCAAAAUCCUUAAAGAGGAAGAGAGGAUUGAUGAAUGAAAAGAGGUGAAUAUUGUCUGGGCUGAACAUGCCACACAAAUGCAAAUGUCUCUUGUCAGCCAGUACUGAUUCUCCUUGCAGGGGGUUGUGUGUGUGGAGGGGGGGUUGCAUUUGAAAAGGGGAGCCUGUUCACGAGAAAGAUUUAUUAAAAGAAAGCAUCUGAGGGACAUGAGACAGAGCCAAAGCAUGGUGCUUACAAUAUAGCUUUCAUUAUGUAGAGUGAGCCCCACCUGUUCCUGUGAAAUGACAGAUUGUGGCUUUAGGGCUGUGUGGAGAAUAUGAGAGCAUGCAUAAAAAGGAAGAAAGAAAAUACUCUCUUUGGUGUUGCUGCCAGAACACUGAGUUGCUGAUUGAAUUGCACUGCGCUGUGCUCAGUGAGCAGCCAUCUUGCCUGCCGGAGACAUCUCAAUUCUAGCCUGUUUUUACCUGCCACUCUGUAUUGUCAGCUUUGUUCUACUUCUCCUUCAUUUAAAAUGGAUUACAAGCAAAACUCGUCUUCUCCAGCUGGAUAGUUUUACAGAUUUUGUGCUUUGGAGAAGAGACUCCUAUAACCAGGACAAAAUUCAUGCAUGCAGGAAAAACCCCCCACAUAAUUCUGUGCUAAGGAAAUUUCUGUGCUAAGGAAAUUAGAGGGAGGAAUUCCUGGGGGUACUUUUUCCACACUCACCCCACUGACAUGAAAGGGAGGCAGCACAAGCUCAGAUCCUGCUCCAAAAUCAUAAGAAACAGUCUUGGGCUCCAAACUAAUACUGAAAUGUGCAUGUUUUAUGAAUCUGGACAUUUUAAAAUAAUAUUUUGCUUUUUUAAUACAGCCCAGAUUAAGAGUCUAUGUGAAUUAUGUGUUCUUUUCUCUUGCAAUCAAAGUUUGCACAUCUAUAUAAAGAUGACAUGCACCACCCACAGCUUUUACACUAAUUGCUAUGCAAAUUAAUUCACUACGUGAAAGUUUGCUGUAGCCUUCCCCACUGAGAGAGGAGUGUGUGGAGGACUCUCACAGCACACGUAAAGUCCGCCUGCACCCCAAUGUGCCUCCACACCCCAACACUGUGCUCCAUGUUUCACAACACACCACCAGGCAGCCUGAGAGCUUUCAGCUGAACCAUCCAGGGACCCUCCAGACAUUUUCCUUGCCAGGCUGAUGCCAGAAAUAUGAGUUAGACAGGUUGGUUUGCCUGGCGCUUGGAUAGGUAGCUGUUGCCCACUGAGAGGCAAACAUGGAGGGGGACGAAGAAUGUUUGGGGGCUGUGAGCUCUUCUGCUCUAAUAAUCCUUGCUGAUCACUGACCACAAAGCGCAGUUUCCACAACCUCCACACUUUCUGAUGUGUGCAGUGGGCCGGUAUAAGUGAUAAGGGACAUCUGAAUAAGGCAGUGGUGUCCAAACUUUUUUCAAAGAGGGCCAGAUUUGAUGAAGUGAAGGGCCAUGAGGGCCGACCAAAGUUUUUUUAGGAUUGAAGUUGUUGAGCUUUUUUUAUGAUUUUACCCCAGGAUAUAACCUGCCACAGGGACUGGAUUAAACUGACCGGCGGUCCUCAUUAGGCCCCCGAAAUGGACUUUGGACAUGCCUGGCAUAAGGGAUGGAAAGCACAGCAGAGGGACGGGCAUGUUGUCAGGCAGAUAUAUAAACUCUAUUGCGUGGACAGGCGGAGUCCCCCCGACCCCAGGCAACCCCCGAGUGGAAUAAUGACUCAAGACAACAUGGCCACAACUUUAUUAAGUUUCAGAUGUAGGGAAACCUUGGCUCAGCCAUUGGGCGUUUAUCCUUCCCAGUUCCCAGCUGGGGAUCUGGGAGACAUCAGGGUUAUCCAGAAUGUGUGGGGAUUGGGCUGGCUCUGGAGAACAUAUGUUCACCGCCAUCGCAGGGGAGAGCAGUGACAACCUCUCGGCAUAUGGCCAGUGCCUCCCCUCAAGACCCUUUAAUGGGGAACCCUGGGAUCACCGCCGCAAGUGGGGUGUGGGUCACUGCUUCAUGCCCCCCCCCUUUUAGGAAGAUAGACUAAAGGAUUCUGCCCAAGGCCUGAAACUGCCAAGGUUGUGACGUUUUGCUACGGGAAAGGCAAAACCUGCCAGUGCAGGAAAAUUCCUUUCCGGCCCUUCAACAGCAACCAUGAUGUAGCAGCGCCUGUGUACCUGUGGAGAAGAGGUUAACCUGCAAAAGAAGGCUUAACUGAGGGAGGGCAGGGUGGGAGAAGCUCUGGGGCCAACUGACGCUUCGCAGGUUCACCUUCUGUUGUGUGGGCAGGGCUGUCCCUCCCCCUACCUGGCCGAUCCCCUGGCAACGCCUCCCCAGGCGGGAUUGGGCGAUUGGCUGAGGUAGGCAGAGACCUCCAGGUAUCCAGCCUGGGGAGGGUGAAGCCAGCCCGUACUACCGGGAUCUGCAAAGGGAUCUGGGGGGCUGCGCGCAACCACGCAAAAGGCGCCCUCCAUUUGAUGUGGGGAGCGGUUACUGCUGAAUAUUGAAGCCUUUUACAGGUAACUGCCCAGAUUAGAAUUCUGAAUACACCACAUGGAGCCUUUCUAAAUGUGAGGAUUCCUCCCUGUUCAUUUCAAUACAAGGAGGCAUCUGUCGCUUUCUAAAAAGGAAUACUCUCAAAGUUCUCCUGAAAGGGCUGGUUCAGCUUUUCAGUAAAUUUUAAAAGAUUAUUAAAAGUACAAGUAUGUUAAUUAUUGCAAAUUAUUUUCCUGCAAAAUAUUCAAGUAAUGUCACAGUGAUUAUAGGAGAACUAUUACCUGGUUGUUCAGGUACCUCGGGUUAAGAACUUAAUUCAUUCCGGAGGUCCAUUCUUAACCUGAAACUGUUCUUAACCUGAAGAACCACUUCAGCUAAUGGGGCCUCCUGCUGCCGCUGCACCGCUGGAGCACGAAUUCUGUUCUCAUCCUGAAGCAAAGUUCUUAACCUGAAGCACUAUUUCUGGGUUAGCGGAGUCUGUAACCUGAAGCGUCUGUAACCCGAGGUACCACUGUACUUCAUCCUUAAGAUGAGAAAAACCACACCAUAUUGGGCAUCUGUUAAGUUACAUGGACAUUGUUAGAAAAAUGAGGUACCACCCUGUUCUGAGAUAUGGUUAAGGAUAUGAUCAAAGCUACAGGUUAGAAAAUUCUGUUCAAAUCCUUGUUUUUCUCCCCAUGGGUGUAGCCAAGGGAGGACAGGAAGGGGCAGCUGCUCCCCCUAAAUCAAUACAAAUCAGUACAAAUAUGAGGCUCUGCGCCCCCCAACAAAAGCCUGCCCCCCUAAUAUGAGGCCUGGCUAUGCCCUCGCCCAUGUUUCUCCCUCUUAAAUCCUGGAAGGAAAACAGGAAACAAGGAUAGAAUCAAUGCCUUGUAUACAGAUAUACCAGAACAUGGUUAUAGAAUGGACUUUGGUCUGCAAGUAACAGAUAUUUACUUCUGAAUUCUUCUUUAUAUUCAGAUUGCUGUUGUGUCACAUAGAAAAGCUAUCCUCUCCACCCAGUGGGUGCUGGUGGCAGAGAGCCAAUUGUGCAGAGAAACAAUUGCAAAGUAUUUCUCCUGAGUUUUAUUCAUUGUUGCAUACAGUGCCGAACACUAAGGACGAGUCCUAGUGACUGAUGGUUUCCCUCUUUUGUCUCUUGCCCUCUCGUAUCCCAUUCCAACCUCACCCUUUCCCAUUCAGACACGAAAACAGAAAAACUAUGUACAGUAUAUAGGUCAGGGUUGUUGGGACUAAUUGCAGAGGUUAUGGACAAAUAUAUGUUUAAUAUUCAGAACACAAGUUUCCAUUUUGCAUAACAGGAGGGAGUAUUGAAUCAUGAUUUGUAUUAGGCACACAAAGUUCAGCUGUGUAAUUUAUUAUUCCAAGGCAGUGAGGGGAAUAAUGGAAGUGAGAAGGACACACAAUCUCCACUCAGAAAAGAUUUAAUUAAGCUAAAACAAAGACUGAAGAUAUAUGGCAGGGUCUUGUGCAUUGAAGUCGUUUCUGGAAUACUGGAAUCACAAAAAGCAAGCCUUAAUAGUCAGAUGCUGGACAUUACAAAAGAAUGCCAUAGAAAACCAAAACACUAGAUGAUGCAGUUUAAAGGCAUCAAAAGAAAGAUAAUUCAUUGGUUAAGAUGGGCAGAUUAAAUUUUAUAAAAUAGAAACUCUGGAAUAAUAUUAUUUUUAAAUAUUAGGAAUAUGUGAAUUGCUGUUUCAGACACUUAUUUACACUAGCCAUGAAAUCUGGCAGAUUUUUAAAAAAUUACUUGCACCAGACUCCAGAAAAAAAUUGUGCUUUACAGUUUCCUAGUUGGACACAGUGAUCUGAGCAAAUUCAUUUCCUUGCAGCCUAUGCAGAAUAACCAACCCACCCAUUAGUUAAAGUAUCCAUGCAUGUUUACUCAGAAGUAAGUCACACUUCUGUUCAGUGGGACUUAUUCACUAGUUAACACAUUUAGGACUCAAUCCUUAGGGUCAAAAUAGACCAUACAUGAAAUGGGGUGAGGGCAUUUAAUAAGCUUAUUUUUUAUGAUUUGCGGGUUAUGUCAAUAGUAGCCAUGGGAAGAGGGAAUGUGAUCAGGAUCAGGCUUGUUUUAAUUUGCAUUCAAUAUGAAAUUCAGUGGAUACCUAUGAGUCCUGCUAAUAUAUGAUUUGUAUGCAAUAUUCCAGUUGUGAAGAUGUCGUAUGAUAAGAAUAGGUCCUCAAACAUUUGUAGCUAUUUAAUACACUGAAAUAUUGUCACCCCCAAAUUAUAUUGAACUUGCAAUGCAUCCCUUGUAAUGACUUGGCAUUUCAAUGCCCUGUGGUUUUCUUUUUCCAGUGCUUUGAAAGAGCACUAAGCAACAUAAUAUAUUUAUUUAAAUUAAAUAGAGAAGACAGACGCCAUUUGCAGAGAAGUCUGUAUGCUGUUACCCAGUUCACUUAUAAUUCUAAUACAAAACUAUGGCUUAGGAUGAACACACGAGCAUGCGGGCUCCCAGAAAGGAGCUCAGGGCCAUUUUAUUCCUUCUCUGGUCCUGCUAAGCCAUGAUUUGCCUUGGUGUGUUAUCCCAACCCAGGCUUGUGAUUUGGCUUCUUCAGACAAACCAUGAACUGUAAAGCAAACUGUGGUUACAGCUUGUGGUUUGUCCAGAGCAAGGCAAACCAUGAGCCUAAGUUUGGAUGAUGUAUUAAGCCAAACCAUGGCAUAUCUCUCAGCCACAGAUCAGAGGAAGAUUAAAGUGGUCCCAACGUCCCCUCCAGGAUCUCUCAGGAUCUCACAUUUGUGCAAAACCAUGGUUUGCCUUAGCUUUACCUGUGAGCCAGGUCUUUGAGAAAAUCCCAGUUGCAUGGUACCUAUCUGCAGAACUUUAAUUGCAAUACUAAGGGUUUGUUGUUCACUUUUAUUCCCCCCCCCCCCCCACAGAACCAGAGGCUGGCGAGGUGUCCCCUCCAGUGGGAGCUGGCGUGAACAGCAACAGUUGGACCUUUAAAUAUGGACCUGGCAACUCCAAGCAGCCUGGUCCCGGUGAGUUGCCAGACAAAUUCAUUAUCCCAGGAUCUCCUGCAAUCAUCUCCAUCCGUCAGGAUCCGCCAAACAGCCAAACUGACAAAAGUGACUUCAUAACCUUUGGCAAGAAGGAGGAGAGCAAGAAAAAGAAGAAAAAGAAGAAGGGGAACAAAGCUCAGGAGAAAAAAGAAAAGGGCAACAGCACCACUGACAACAGUGACCAGUGAGGGGUUUAUACUGAACAAUCUACUUAGCCAAUUUUUGUAAUCUUGGAAGAUCUCUCCUAUGUAGCAACUCCCAACUUCUUCCUACUGUUAGCCAAUUUCCUGUAUGUGCAAGACUUCAGAAAUCCACAGGGAAUUCACAAUGUCUGUCUAGAUUGCUUAACAGUUUUGUCUUGAAAGCUUUAUUAAGCCUGGUGUUAACUCUUUUUCUCCACUCUGGCUUGUUUUCAGAAUCUAAAAAGCAGACACAAGUUUCUUUUCUCCUACGCUGA